GUCAGAUGCCAGGUUCCGCUUAGAUCGUUUUUACAAAAGAAGAGAGGGAACGUUGGGAGCCGCGUCUGGCAGCCGCGCAGUUUCCACAGGAAAUACUAGCAUUCCUGCAGGAACGCGCUGCCGCUCGCGGGGAAGAAAGUCUCCAGGAAACAAAAAGGCAGCAGCAUUGUUGUUCGCUUUCAAUGGGCCGCGAGGAGGGUGGGGACGCGCUGGUUUUUUCCUGUGAGAACGUUGCUUUCCUGGGGGAAGUCAGUUAAGGGACCCUGGCAGUCUUAGCGGAGCCGCGAUCCCACUCCGAGUGACCCACGCGCGACCAUCGGGCGGCCGAAGUGGGACAGCCGCGCGGGGCCAACCGGGGCACAGCCUCCGAAUGAAACGAGGGCCGUCUGGGGAGGCUCUUGAACAUUACAUGUGUGCAGAGUAUGUCAUUCCUCCGGGGUGUCACUUUAAACACGUAAUUUUCAGGCACCACUUUUUGCAGUAGGCAAAAAUCCAUUUUUCUUGUUAGGGACCAGACAUCCCAGUUGGGAAUAGGUUGAAACCUGCUUUUCAUUUGUACAUACUGAAAUUUUUAAAAGCAAAGAGAACAAGGUGUAGGAAAGCAAUGUGCUAAGGUAUAUACACCUGGGAGAGGAUGUCUACUAGUUAUUUCUGAUGCAUCUCAGGGUUAAUUUAUGAAGUCAGCAUGAUAGAGUGCAGGGAGACACCUUCAUAGUGUUCUUAAAACUAUUAAAAAAGAUGUUCCAGGGAGAAUUAACCAAGAAUUGCCCAUAGUCAAAUAUAUAUGAAUUUCAAGGUCUAGAAUCAGAAAAAUAAAUUCUCUUAAGGGGCUUUGAACAUUUCAGAGAUAAAUUAUACAUUUUUAAAAGAAAAUAUAGUUUUGAAUGUAACCUUCAUUGUCUCAGUAGCAAGCAUUCCUUGAAGUUUAUGAAAUAGUAAAUUUGACAUGAUGCUACCUGUGUUUAUCUGACAUUUACUGUUUAUUGCAGUCUGAAAGGAAGUGACUAAAGCAAGUGAAAUUCCCAGUCUGUCAUGUCACAGCUUUGCUAAUUCCAAGCUGUUAUUUGGGUGCAGGUGUACAGUGGAAGCGCAGAAUAGAGGCCAAGAAACUCUGUGUGCUGUUUAUUUGGAAGGAAUUGUGGCCAUAUUUUAUUGCUCUUAAGAAAAAGGAAGCUCAUAUUAUGCGAGAAACCCUAGAACCAUUUUUAUUGCCAUAUGUAAGGCAUUUCUUGUCAAAAGAGGAAAUCUCCCAAGGAGCAGGUGCAUCAUUAUUAAAAAAAACAUAAGGGAAUUUCUCUUACAUGCAGAAUCUAAUUGAAGAGCAACAAGAGAAUCAGUGACAUUCUUAGAAUAAAAGCCUAGUAUUUGGCAGUCGUUCAAGUUACAGUUGCAAACCACAUAGGACAAAUAUGUGUGAUCGGAGAAAAAUAAUAUUCUCAUAAAAAUCGAUAGUUGCUUCUCUGAAGCACUUACCCUUGUGUAUUUGUUUCCUUUCCCUUUUGGCAUGGAAUUUUACCUAUAGGAUGAGAUUUGCUGAAAAUGAACUUGCAGAUUGUUCACUUAAAUAUAUAUUAUGCAGCUAGAUACAUAAAUUUUAUAUGUUGUGGUUUGCAUUGUGGCACUUUUUCUAAACUUUAAAAAUUAGUGAUCUAACUUUGUGAUGAAAUGAUUUUUUUUAGUUGAUAUGGCUGACGGUUGUGACCUAGACUAGUAUUAGUUGACUUCUAAAGCAUUAUACAUUGUAUUUGCUUUGUGUCCAUAUUUGACAUAUAAAAUUCACUAUCUCCACAGAAGGAACUUAAAAGAAGGGAAAUAGGGCACAUAAAAAAUAGGAUCUAAAACAUGGAAGAUAUGUAUAAUUGAAUGUCCAAACACUAAAUAGUAAUUGAAAAAGAACUUGGAGGAGAAAGUUUCUACAUUUGCUUAGGGUUUUUAUCAGUUAUGCAUUGGUCAGUUAUCAAAUUAUGUAGAAAUUUAGCUUUUAAAAAAAAGCUGUCAUGGCUUGUGAUUCUUUUGAUCAUCAUUUUGGUGUGAUCUCAGCAAGGUGGCUUUUCUAAUCCUGGCACAGGUGACUAGUACCUGCAUCUCCUAUUCUCCAGCAGAGUGUCUGUGAUUUUUACAUGGCAGCCAGUAGUGUCCAAAGAGCUGCGAAGAAACUGCUGUCAUUGUGCGAGCAGCUUUCCAAUCUCUGCGUGGAUCGCAUUAGCUGUUCUCUGUAGACAACAUUGCAUAAGGUCACCCUAUCUUCUAGGGGCAGAGAAAGACUACUGAAGAUGAGAGGAAGCUGCAAAAGCUUACUCUUUCUUUCUUUCUUUCUUUCUUUCUUUGUAACCUGUACUUUUUAGGGUACGUAUUUUUUUUUAUUGGUACUGAGGAUCGAACUCACAGCUGCCUGCUUGCAAGGCAGGUGCUUAUGCCACUGAGCUAAAUCCCCACCCCCUGUAAUCUGUACUUUUUAUAAACUUGUUUAAACAAGUUUUCUGCUGGGGAACAGUGUAAGUGAGACCGAGGCAGAGCUUGCCUGUGAAGAGUCUAGAAUUUAUUCAAAGGAACUACCUGGUAAAUUGCCUGUAACCUUUGUUUUGUAAACAGCAUGUAGAACAGUAAUGACACCAUGAUAAUAAAUUUUUAGCAAAGUCCUUCUGACAGUGAUGUUACAACACAGAUACUUGGUCUGUAGCACAACCCACAGGACAGGGAAAAUGGGUAGCAAAGAGUCUGCUUGGAGACCUCAUAUUUACGAUUAGGUGACUGAUUACAGGGCUAGUGAAAGCCCAGAGUCAAAAAUCAUUCUGAGAUUUAAAAAAAAAAUUAAGUGACUGAAAGAAUGAUUUCACUGCUCUAAGAAACAGAGAAAUCAAUAAGUGAUUUAUUUGGGGGGAGAAGGGUAACCCAGUUCUGAAAGAUUGAUUAAAAGAGAUAAAUUGAAGGGUAAAGGUACUUUAUAAGCUGCCGAGUAUGCUGGACUGUUACUGUGGAGUGUUUAAGUUGUAGAGAUAGGACUGUGGUGUUUAGUUAUUUUUCUUUAGCUGUAGAGCAACAGAGUACAAACCAACACUGAGGAUCCUGACAUGUCAAAGGGAAGUCAGAAAACCAUUUUUAGGGUGCAGAACUGUUCUGGGGUUGAGAAGAGAAUUGCUCUUGCUUAGAGGCGUACCUGGAGGUCUGCCUUGGUGUGCUGUGCCCUGGACCCCACUUGCCAGAUAAGGGAAUUCCUUUGGCUGAGUGACAUGCACAUCGUUGGGUCAGAAGCAUGGGUUGGUAGCCCUGCCACGGUGGCACAGUUGAGGAGUUACUAAGUGCUUCCUCUGACACUGGAGCACUGCAGUCAGGAAAGAUAUUGCAGCUGGGCAUAGUGACUUGUGCCUAUAAUCCCAGCCCUCUAGAAGGCUGAAGCAGGAAGAUGACAAGUUUAAGUUUAGCCUGGCCAAAUUACAUACAGUCUAAAACUAAAAUACAAAAGUGCUUGGCGAUGCAGCUCAGUGUGAAGGCACUGGGUUCAAUCCUCAGUUAUCUCCUCUGCAAAGACACUGGGGCGCUGCUAAAUCUGCUGAAGAAGUGGGGACCCAGGAUGGCAACAGUAAAAGAAUACAGACACUCGAAAUUAGGGCUUAGCCACCUGGAAACAGGAGAGGAAGCACCAACUUAGGAUAUUUACAGUGGGGUGUAGUUUCAUUAGUAACAGUUAAACUCCUGCAAGUGGUGGGAUUUUUCUCUGGCAAAGCAGAGCUCUGGCCCAUUGUGACCCAUUAUCCAGAUGACUCCAUAAAUGUUAGUGGACAUUUUACUAGUGGGGAGAGGAAUUCUAAACAUGUUCUGUGCUGACCUUUACCUGAGGGCUGAUCUGAGCUGCUGCGUCACCAGCCUGGUUUCAUAGACAGCCAGGCUGAGAUGCAGGUGUUGUCUUCACCACUACGUGUAGCUGUAGGGCCAAAGAGCAGCACCUGGCCCCUCCAAGCGCACAAAUUAUCCCAAACAGCAGGCACAGCUGCUCUUUAGAGAAGGGCUUGGUGGACCAACUCAAACCCAAGUACACACUUCUAUAGAUUUUAUUGGGCAAGCCAGAGAACCCUGAGAUAAUAAAUAAAUGUUAAUUUAAUGAGUGAAUGUGCUAUUAUCUAGUAUAGUAACAUUUUCUAACACAGUCUCAUCUGCUUUUCAUUAUUGAGGUUGAGUUUGCUAUAAUAUCUUUUAAGUGCCUUUUGUAGAUUUAAAUGUUUUGAGGCACUCUGUCACAGUAUGUAGACUUUUUAAAAUCUACCACUUACAUUUUUAAAAAACUGAUUUUUAGUUUUUGAAACACAGUUGUCCUGAUUCCUUCCUUUUUCAGGAUUCUUGGUUGACAGUGAUAGAAAUCCAGUUUGUACUCAAGCAGGAAGGGGCAGACACUGUUUCCUAUAAGGAAGCAUUCAGGGGAAACCAAUCUCAAUUUUCCUGGGAGUUGGCACUGGCAGUUCAGGCUCAGCCCCUGCAGAACUGGGGGAAAAUUUAGGAUUAACUGUGAUCCUCUGCACAGGCCUGAUCCAGUUCCCACGACCAGAAUUUGGAGCACGCCACUUGGCUACUUGUUGAUUGUGUGCCCAGUCCUGGGCUCUCUUGGGAAGGGUAGGUGGGUGCAUAAGGAGCAUGGCAAGGUGCCAGUGGAAGUGUGGGAACGCAGGAGCCAAAGGGAGGGGGUCAGCGGGGCACCCCUGAACCUCAUUACCUGACAGCAGGAAAGAGAUGGGUUCUAAAGUGCUGGAAAGAAGAGUGGAUGUGAUACAGGCAGAAAUAGCAAGUGUCUCAGAUUCCAUUUACUGGGUUUUCCCUUAAAGACAAAUCCUUUUUCUACAUCUCCGAGCCAGAAACUUGGCAGUGAUCUGAACCUGAUCACCUCCUCUUUUUCCUCCACCUAAUCAAUCACCAUGGCCUCUUGCUCACCUUACUUUUUCUUCUUUUAUUUCAGUCUAGGCCAGUGAUGGCAAAACUAUGGUUACCGUGUUUUUCUUUGAAGAUAAAGGAUGUUACUGCACGUCUUGUUUUUUCUAAACUAAAACCUCAGGUUUCAGAUUUGAUUGUGGUGUUGGCACUUUGGGAUAAAUAAGUGGGUUUUGGGUUGUAGUUGGGCACUUGGUCUCUAAGAAGUUCACCGUUAACUGGCUUAGACCCUCCGUGUUUGCAUAAAUCACCCCUAAAAAAUGUUGCCUCCUGUCUCUCCGAUUCCAGCCUAUCUUCACCACUUCCAGGGAGCUCUUGGUUAGAGACAAUCAGAUCACACAACUGUCUGCUAAGAAUCAUUUGAAACCUUAUCGUGGCCUUGGAGGGAAAUCCAAGCUACUGACCAUUAAUCCCAAGGUUCUCAUGAUAGGCCUUGCCUUUUUCUAAGGAUGCAGGAGGUGGGUAAGAAGGGUAUGUUCAUCAGAUGUUGCAUUUGCUGCCCAAGCAUCCUUAUACUGGCUGACCUCACAACUUUAAAGUACUGGAGCUCGGUUUUCUUCCAUCUUCAUACUUUUGCAUUUGUUGCUGUGUUAGUGAGAUAGUUUGUUUUUCUUUGACACAUUGAGUAUCUAUUUUCCUCUCAGACUCAAAAGAAGGACCCUUUGUUGAUCAAUUUCCGCUACAUGGCCUUUGAUAUCACAUUUCUCUCUCCCUCUCUAGACAAACAGCCAAAGAAUAGAGUCAUACUUUCUAUCUUGCAUAUCCUUAUGCUUUAAAGUACUUCUUAUACUAUAUAUGCUCAAUCAAGUUUAAAUGAAUGAAUAAAAAACGUGUUUAAUUAUUCAUUUUGAACUUUUCCAGGUGAUUUCAGGUUUAUUGUGUCUCCUUUAACUUCAGUCUCUUAUUUGCAUCUCAGAAUACUGGACAUAAACAGAUUGUUUUUGAAAGAAUCUUUUUGAAUUGUCACCCAGACACAUUUUCAAAAACUUGCCCAAUUGUUUUUAUGAUAUUUAAAAUAUGGUUAGUAGUAACUGCCUCAAGAAUGAGACUGAAAAACAUCAGUGGGACAAAUUAAUCCCCUAGACUGAAAUCUUUGAUGAAGAACCACUUUUCUUUGUAUCAUCAAAAGGGAUGUUGAUUACUAAUGUUAAUUAAUAGAUAUUAAUAUUAAUACUGUUCAUAUUAGCAUGUUAAUGUUAAUUAACAGAUGCUGUUAAUAUUAAUGAGGUGCUGUGUUGGAUGCCUACCAGAUACUUUACAGUUACUUUCUUAUUUAACUCUUCACGACAACCCUUGCUAUCCAUCAUCUUUUUUGAACCUCUGAGGAGACACAGGGUUAGAGAGUUGAGGUAGCUUGCUUGACACUGCAUCCCCUUGCCCUGGUGACUGCCAGCCUGCCAGUCACUCAUCUGGGGUGCUGUGGAGUUGAAUCAAAACUUUUCAAGUCCAUGUUGGAUGGCUUUAUUGUUGAUAUCUAAGGUGAACUGACCACUUCUUAAGGGUAGAACACUCUAAUGGCCUCCCUUGAGCAUUGAUUAUAUCAAAAAAGAUGAUGAUGAAAAAGAGGUAAAAAUGGAAGGAUUCCAAUACUCCAGCUGAAAUUAAGAUGCAUUUCUGCCUUAGGAAUUCCAGUCCUAUUGAUCUUGCUGCUGCUGGGUAAUAAAAGCUGCUUCCAGGAAGUUUUAUUGCUGGGUAUGAAAUGCAGGCUCUUAAGCAGAUUAGAAACAGUUGGUUUUGAGAGUCAUUCAUUUACUCCAUAAAUAUAUACAGUGGAUGCCGAGUAACUUGGAAGCCACAGAAGCAAAUUCUUAACCUGAAUUUUCACUCUGAGAGUCUUGAGGGUCUCAUGAAAGAUAUGGGUUCUUUCUUUUUUAAUUUAAAAAAUUUUUAUUUUAAAGAGAUUAAAACAAAAGAGGCUAUAACAAAGCAGAUCAGAUCAGAACAAGACAAGUAACACAGCAUUUUACCACAAGACAAUCCAUAAUUAACAGUAACUACCAUAAUGUCUGUUUCUUUGAAAUAGUUCAGCAUAGCUUCAUAUAUGAUAGUAUCAAGCAUAAAAAAACAAUAUAAAACCAUUCGAGAGAAUGAAAGCAUUAUAGGGCUUUCAGAACCAAAUAGCAGAGAACGAACAAUGGCUACUAUAUUAUCUCAUUUUCCAUAGAAAAUUUGUUUAUACUAUCACACAUAAUAAUAUCCAAUAAGAUAAAACAGAAUAGAACUAAAGGCAACAGAAAAACAAAAGCAGAGUAGGACUUCAGAGUAAGAUGAUACUAAAUCAGCGCUGGCUAUUCUAAUAUCUUCUUUAAAGAAGCUGUUUAUACUAUCACAGAUAAUAAAAUCAAACAAACUAGGAUAAAAGCAUUCCAACUAAUGAAUGCAGACAUUGUAAGGCUUCAGACCAAUAUAAUGGGGAAUCAUUACUAUAAACUCUUACGUACUCUUACCAUUUUUUACUCUAGGGAGACUAUUCGGUAUUUACGCAUGUGAGUUUGAUUUAUUUUGCUAAUGAGUAUGGUCUCAAAUUGUGUCCAUUUAUUUAUAAAUAUCCCAAUGUGAACAUUUUUUAUAGCUGAGUAGUACUCCAUUGUAUAAAAAUACCACAACUUUUUUAUCCAUUCCUCAGUUGAUGGGCACUUAGGUUGUUUCCAAGAUCUGGCUAUUACACAUUGUGCUGCUAUUAACAUGGAUACACAUAUAUCACUGUGGUAUGAUGUUUUCAGUUCUUCUGGGAAUAUACCUAAAAGUGGAAUGAAUGGCUGGAACAAAUGGGACUUCCAAUCCCAACUUUUUGCGUAAUCUCCAGACUGACCUCUACAAUGGCUGCACCAGUCUACUCUCCCACAAACAAUGCAGGAGAGUUCCCUUUCCCCACAGCCUCUCCAGCACUUGUUGUUGUUGGCUUUCUUGAGCCUGGCCAUUCUUUCAGGAGUGACAUGGAAUCUCAGUGUGGUUUCCAUUUGCAUUUCUCUGACUAAUGACGAUGAACAUUUUUUUCAUGUAUUUAUUUGCCAUUUGUAUUUCUUCAUCUGAGAAGUGUGUAUUCAUCUCAGAUGCCCAUUUUUGGAUUGGGUCUUUGAAUUUCGGGGGUCUGAUUUUUUUAAUUCUUUAUAUGUUUUGGACAGAAGUCCUUUGUCUGAGGGACAGUUCACUAAGAUUUUUUCCCAGUUUGUGGGUUUUCUUUUCACUGUGCUGGAGAUUUCUUUUGACAUGCAGAAACUUUUUUUUUUUGUCUUUUCUUUUUUUAUUGGUAGCAGGGAUCAAACUCACGACUGCCUGCUCGCAAGGCAGGUGCUUAUGCCGCUGAGCUAAAUCCCCAGACAUGCAGAAACUUUUUAAUAAGACGUGAUCCCAGCUAUUGAUUCAGGGAAGUAUUUCCCAUGUGGUUUGAUUCCUGUUCAUGAACGCUAUACCUACUCCUAUGUCUUCAAGAUUUUUACCUAAUUUAUCUUCCAUCAGAUUUAGUGUUUCUGUUUUAAUAUUCAGAUCUUUGAUCCAUUUAGAUUUUAGUUUAGUACAUGGUGAUAGGCAUGGGUCUAGUUUUAGUUUUCGGCAGAUGGAGAGCCAGUUUUUCCAGCACCAUUUAUUAAAGAGACUGUCAUUUUUCCAGUGAACAUUUUGGGCCCUUUAUCAAAGAUAAGGUGGUUGGGUGUGUUUGUAGUUGUGGUUGUAUCUUCUAAUCUAUUCCAUUGAUCUUCGGCUCUGUUUUGAUUCCAGUACCAUGUUGAUUUUUUUACACUUGCUUUGUAGUAUAACUUCAAGUCAGGGAUUGUGAUGCCUCCUGCCUUGCCUUUCCUGCUUAGAAUUGCUUUUGCUAUUCUAGGUCUCUUCUGGUUCUAGAUGAAUUUUAGGAUUGAUUUCUCUAGAUCUAUGAGGUAUGUUAAUGGUAUUUUCUUUGGGAUUGUAUUGAAUCUAUAUAACAGUUUUGUGAGAAUGGCCAUUUUAUGGUAUUUAUUCUUCCUAUCCAUCAGCAAGGGAAAUCUUUCCAUUUUCUGAGAUCCUUUUCAAUUUCUUUUUUCAGGGUAUUAUAAUUUUCCCUGUGUAGAUCUUUUACUAUGUUUGUGAGAUUAAUUCCUAAGUAUUUCAUUUUUUUGGAUGUUAAUGUGAAAGGUGUGGCUUCUUUUAUUUCUUUCUCAGUGAUUUUAUUGUUAGUAUAUAGAAAUGCUAUUGACUUUUGAACAUUGAUUUUGUAUCCAACUAAAUUGCUGCAUUUAUUUAUUAUAUCUAGGAGUCUUUUAAUGGAGUUCUGAGAGUCUUCUAUGUAGAGUAUCGUGUCAUUUGCAAACUUAACUUCCUCUUUUCCUAUGUUUACCGCUUGUAUUUCUCUCUCUUGUCUUAUUGCUCUGGCUAGUAUUUCCAGUACUAUAUUGAAUAGGAGUGGUGAUAAGGGACAUCCUUGUCUUGUGCCUGAUUUUAAGGUAAAGGCCUUCAGUUUUUGGCCAUUUAAUAUGAUGCUGGCUGUAGGUUUGUCAUAGAUGGCCUUUAUCAUAUUGAGGUAAAGACCAUCUAUUCCAAUUUUCUGUAAGGUUCUUAUCAUAAAUGAGUGUUGGACCUUAUAAAAAGCUUCUUCUGCAUCUAUGGAGAUGAUCAUGUGAUUCUUACUUUGGCUUUAUUGAUAUGGCGUAUUACAUUUAUUGAUAUUUAUUUACGUAUGUUGAACCAUCCCCGCAUGCCUGGGAUGAAUCCCACUUGGUCGUGGUAUAUAAUCUUCUUGAUGAUUUGCUGCAUCCUGUUUGUCAGUAUUUUAUUGAGGAUUUUUGCAUCUGUGUUCAUUAGGGACAUUGGCCUGUAGUUCUCUUUUUUAGCUGGGUCUUUCUCAGGUUUUGGUACUAGAGUAACAUUUGCUUCCAGGAAUGACUUAGGAAGGAUUACUUCCCUUUUGAUUUCAUUGAAGAGUUUGAGGAGUGUUGGCAUUCUUUGUAUUUCUUGUAAAAUUCCGCAGUGAAUCCAUCUGGGCCUGGGCUCUUCUUUGUAGGUAAGGACUUAAUUACAUUUUCAAUUUCAUUAAUAGAAAUUGGGUUAUUCAGCAGUUUUAUAUCUUCUUGACCCAUCUUUGGUACUUAAUGUGUUUCUAGGAAUCUGUCCAUUUCUUCUGUUUUAAAAAAACCUAUGGGAGUAGAGGUUUUUGAAAUAGGUGUUGAUGAUGUUCUGUAUUCCACAGAGUCUGGAGUGAUUUCACCUUUUUUGUUCCUUAUUGCAUGAAUUUGAGCUGUUUCUUUCCUCUUCUUAAUAAGGUUGGCUAGGGCCUUAUCAGUUUUAUUUAUUCUUUCAAAGGGCCAACUCUUUGAUUCAUUGAUUUUUGAAUUAUUUUCUUAGUCUCUAUUGUAUUAAUUUCUGCUCUGAUUUUUAUAAUUUCCUCCCUUCUUUUGGCUUUGGGCUUGACUUACUCUUCUUUUUCUAGAUGUUUGAGGUGCAGCAACAGGUUGUUCAUUUGUCUUCAUUCUGUUUUCCUGAUGUGGGAACUCAGUGCAAAAAUGUUCCUCUGAGGACAGCUUUCAUUGCAUCCCACAGAUUCCAGUAAGUUGUAUUUGUAUUUUCGUUUGCUUGUAGGUAUUGUUUAAUUUCUUCUUUAAUUUCUCCUGUGACCCAUUGUUGCUCAAGAGUGUAUUAUUCAAUCUCCAUGUGUUUUGGGGGUUUUUGCAGUUUCUUUUAUCAUUAAUAUCCAGUUUCAUGGUGUUAUGAUCUGAUAACAUGCAUGGGAUAAUUUCAAUCUUUUGCAUUGAUUUAAAUAUGUUCUGUGAGCUAGUAUAGGGUCUAUUUUAGAGAAUGUCCCAUGUGCUGCUGAGAAGAAUGUAUAUUCUGAUGUUGUUGGAUGGAACACUCUAUAUCUGUCUACCAGGUCCAUUUGUUCACAUGUGUAAUUCAGUUCUGUUAUUUCUUUGCUGAUUUUCUGUCUGGUUGAUCUGUCUCUUGGUGUCAAUGGUCUGUUAAGGUCUCCCUUUACAAUUGUGUUAUUGCUAAUUUGAGUUUUCAUUUCUGUUAAUACUUGCUUUGUAUACCUGUGUGCUCUGGAAUUUGUUGCAUAUAUAUUUAAGAUUGUUAUCUCUUCCUCUUUAAGUUUUCCCCUAACCAGUAUGUAGUGACCUUCUUUAUAUCUUAGGAUCAUUCUUGGUUUGAAGUUCACAUUAUCUUUAAACAAAAUAGCUACCCCGCUUUUUUUUUCCAUUUCCUGUUGCAUAAUUUACUUUCAGUCUGUGAGUUUCGUUUUGGGUUUGAUGGGUUUCUUGCAGACAGCAUAUAGUUGGAUGUUGUUUCUUGAUCCAUUCUGCCAGUCUGUUUCUUUUAAUUGGUGAAUUGAGAUCAUUUACAUUGAUGGUUAUAACUGUUAUAUAUUGGCUUAUUGUUAACAUAUUAUCUUUUUGUUGUUGCAUCUUUAUCUUUCCAAUCUGUUUAGUUAUCUACCUUGCUGAGUGGUUUUUUUCCUAUGUGUAUCUAGACUGUCUUUCAGUAUUCUUUGCAGGGUUGGCUUGGUGAUCAUGAAAUUCUUCAGCUGCUCUUUGUCAUGGAAGUAUCUUAUUUCUCCAUCGAUUUUGAAGGACAGUUUUUCAGGGUACAUCAGUGUAGGUUGGAAAUCAUUCUCCUUUAGGAUCUGAAAUACUUCACUCCAUGCUCUGCUUGACUUCAUUGUUUGUGUUGAGAAGUCUGUUGUAAUUCUGAUAUACUUUCCUUUAUAGGUAAUCUGUCUUUUCUCUCUGACAGCUUUUAGUAUUCUAUUCUUAUGUUGGAUUUCUGGGAUGGUGAUUAUUAUAUGCCUGGGUGUAGUUUUAUUUUGGUUAUGGCUAUUUGGAAUUCUAUAUGCUUCACUAAUCUGAAUGUCAGUUUCCAUUCUCAUGUUUGGGAAAUUUUCAGCUAUGACUUCUGUGAAUAGCCUUUUGAUAUCAUUUGUUUUGUUCCCUUCUUUUUCAUUUAUCUCUAUUAAUCUUAUGUUAUUUUUCUUUGCAUCAUGUUGUAGCUGUUGAAUUGUUAUUUCCUGAUUCUUUGUUUUUUUUAAAAACAUCUUUCCUUUCCUGUUCACUAGCUGCAAUCUUGUCUUGAAGGUCUGAAAUUCUAUGUUCACUUUCCUUGAGUCGGUUUUGACAACUUCCGUUGGAAUUUUUGCUUUCCUGUUUAUCUCUUUGAAUCUGCUUCAUGUAUUCUGUUUGUUUCUUAAAUAGUUCAUCCAGGGAUUCUAUCUUUUUGUUUUGUUCCUCUAAUUUUUUAACUGUGUUUUCUUUAGAUAUAUUCAGCAUCUCUUUCAUUUCUUUUAUCGUGUCUUCUUUUACCUGGGAGAUUAUUUCUAGUUUGAAUUCCUUUAAAGCUUCCUGGAGUUGCUUCUUUAUUUCAGUUGGUAUUAUUAAAGGUAUUUCAGGUGUAUGCCAUAUGUUUUCUUCUAUGCACAUGGCUCCUAGGCUUUCUGGGGAUGCGCUGGAGGUUUGAGAUUGCAUUUUGUUCUUUUGUUUUAUCAUUUUCCUAUAUUUCUGUGUUUCACGUGUUUUUCUAAGGCUUCCCCUGGAUGUGUUGGAAAUCAUCUCCUAUGCACUAGUCUCCUGGGACUGAAUGGAGGUUGCUGAGCGUGGUCCAGUCAGUCCCUCAGGCCCUCCCAUGCUACCUUCAGUGUUCCAGGUAGCUGAGCAGGCACCUACGCACUGUGGAUGAUGAGCUGAAGCUCUCCCUGGGCAAAGACCAAUGCCCUGGAACUCACUUCACCUGUUCUCAACUCCCAUAAUUGAAGAAGGUCGCUGGGGGUAAUCUACUCAGGCUGCAAAACCUCCCAAGGCGAGUCUAGUGUGGCUGGGCUCUGGAUUGGGAGCGGCCUCACACCAGCCACCAGAUGGGUUCUUUUUUGAAGAAGAAGGAUGUAUAUAUACAUACACAAACCCCUACAUCUUUUAAUUUUUAAUUUCAGGGGUUUUAAGGAUCUUUUGAAUCCCAUCUUUGGAUUUCCUUGGACUCCAUGGAGUCCAGGUUAAAAGCCCUAUGUGAAAGCUAUAAUUUAGAAGAAAGAUAAUAGCCACUGUUCUAGUUUACCAUGUAUCAUGCAUAACAAUUAUUUUCUAUUUGUCAGCCUUUUUUGAAAAGUAUGUUGUAGCUAACCAGUCCUAAAAGAUGUACCACAACCCUAUUUUAAGCUAUAGAGAACAUUAAGAGAAAGAACUUGGACUCUUCCCGCUGGCAAAUGACAAAAAUGCAAUUAAAUGCAGAAUCCACACCUGUAUAACCAUCACAUUUCACACUACUUUCUUAUUUACCCAUCCCACCCUGUGAGGUAUCAGACCUGCACCGUGGAACUUUGGAGCCUGUGAUCUUCAGCCUUCUGUGCUGGGCCUUCAGCCUUCAGCAUUCCUGUCAGAAGUCAAAAGUGAACUGUUUACCACCUCAGAAACCUUCUGCAGUGUGUUCAGAGCAGGGGCAGUCAACACUGGGGCAAAGAAAGUCACAGCUCACUCCCUUCACCUGUGGAAACUUUCACUGGCAAAACAAAUGAUACCAGACAUUAACACCAGUUGUUGAUCACCUCCAGGAAGGGCUGCAGUAGGCGGCAUUGCUGGGUAUUGUUUUCACACUUGAACAUUUUAACUCAGUGGAUACUUAACGAAACAGUGACUGCAAAUCCUCUGUGUGCCUCCUUUCAUGGGUACUUAUUGAGGCCAGUUGUUUGCUGAGGCACUCAGUGAAUGCUUGUGGUACCUACAUCUAGGUUAUUUCUUAUCAGGAACGAAGCUCAUUGUAAGUAAAGUGUGGUAAAUUUUGUGAAAAAGAAAGUAAAAAGAAUUUUGCUCAGAUGUCAGUGUUUUGUAGCUGCAGCAUUCUAGUCACAAACCACUGCCUGCUUCUUAAGGUGAUUCAUCCUCCAGGAUGUUUAGAGAGCUUCUGGCUUCUGGAGACUUAACCUCUGCCUUCCCCUGCAAAAGUGAGAGUGACCAGAUGCUUAACCAAAGAUGGGAUAAGACAGGGUACCUGGUUGUCUGGUCCCCAGUAGAGCACUGUGCACUGUAAGCCACAAGGUGUUUCUAAUUUACUUGAGAGGUUACUGUCACGGUCUUUAUGUUUUGUAAAUGUGUCUGGCAGAGAACAAAUAGGCCACCAUCUCUGUCUCCUCCUCUCAGCCCCUCAUGGGUUUCCCUGCUGUUCUCUUCCUCACUCCACAGACAGCUCCCAUUCCAGCCCACUUGCCCUGAGGCUGCCUUCAUGGUACCUUCCCUGGAAUUUCUCCCCAACUGUUGUCUUGUGACUGUUUAGGCCCAGCACAGACAGAAAUGUAGUAGACUCUGUGAAUGUAAACCACAUAAGUAAUUUUACAUUUUCUGGUAAGCAGAAAAGAAAACAGGUGACAUUAAUUUUAAUAUGUUUUCCCUAACUCAAUUUUGGUAAAAUAUUAGCAUUUCCACAUGCAGUCAAUAUAUAAAAUUAUUAAUCAGAUAAUUUACAUUUUUUAUCAUAGCAAGUCUUUGAAAUUUUGUUUUUCAUAUUUAAGUCAGAGUAGUCACAUUUCCAAUGUCCAGUGGCCUCUUGUGACCAUUGGAUUCUUAGGGGACUGCAGAAUUGGACUCUUGGGUUCCUAGGCUGACUCAGAUACCACCUCCUUGUCUUCUUCAACAGUUAGCUGUGCGGGGCUUGAGAGUAGUGAAUGCGUCUUUGUCAGCUUUCUGUCUUUGGUGUCCAGAGCAGUAUUUAGUAGGCCCUUGGUUGGCACUGAGUGGUGAAUGCAUUCAUGAUGAAAGAGGAUGAUGGUAACUAUAGGAAUUGAAGGGAUUGGUAUGCCAGGCUCACCUCUCCAGCCUCUGCUUGCUGCUCCCCCAACCUGAGCCUCCUGUUUCAAAUUCUGCUAUAUCCAGAGCCACAGAAUAUCAUUUGGGGCAGACUAAAUGGACAGGCAGUAAUCACAGACCUAGGCCACUAUCCUUGAAUUAACUGCACAUCUUGUUUAAUACUCAGCUUCAUCUUUUUAAUAUCAAGUACUAAAGGAACUUGUAAGCAGUCUAGAAUUUUAAAUAAUAAAACUCUUAUUUAAAAGGAUGAGGAAACAGGACACAUCAAACACAAAACUCAUCCACUGAACAAGCCCUCCUAAUGGGAUUGCAAAAUGGCCCUGACAUUUACAACACUAACUAUACAAAGCGAGAAUGGCUACAUCAGGGAGCUGUUGGUGUCAGCACAGUGAGUGUCCUCUGGGUUUCUGGUCAUCACUCCUGCCCUGAGGGAAAAGGAGAUUUAUAUCUCUAGUAAAUUUAUACAUAGUAUUUAAAUUUUGCAAAUGCUUCUGAACAACUAACAGUCAUGUUUUUGAUUGCUUUACCCUCAGUGACAAAUGUCACUUAAAAUAAUGCAUACAACCAAGUCUAAAAGUUGGUACUCCCAUAAAACACUACUAACCACAUAGUCAUAUAAAUCUAAAGCUUGAAAGUGAGAGAAGAUGUUAGCAUUUGACCUGUUAAUUCAUACAAGCAGUUUAAAGGGGAAAAAGAGUAUGAUUAGCUCAGGCUCAUUUGAAAAAGGCAUAGAAACAGAAGAUAGAAUUGGGCCUAAACUCAGUUUUACCAUUGAUUACCAGUUUUAAUCUGGAAAGCUCAUUGACCCGCUCAGGUUUUUGUUUCUGAGUGCAUUACGGAAAAGUAAAUCCUACUGUCACAUGCUGUCUAUUAGAAGGAUGAAUGAAGUUAGAAAAUGUUUUGAACAGUUCCUUAAACUAUCUGGAACAAGUUUGAGGAUAAGGGAGCUUGCCAGUGUUUUUGCAAAGUAAAUUCUUAAAAGCUAGAAAAAUUUUAGCAUGUAUUAUAUAGUAGAUAACUGAACAUUAGCCAUGUUAAGUGAUUUGAUGAUUUUUUUUAAGGCAAAGAUGGUUCAAGAUAGUCAAAACUUUACAUCUGUUGGCUUCAAUUUUAGGAAUGCUGUCAUUUGGACAUAGAAAGGAGCUCACUUCUCUGCAAAUAAAAUACCCUUCAAAUGGCUCUGGUGUGCUGUGUUAGUGUAAUUGAAAACCUAUAAAAAGGCUGAGAGCUACUUUUGAAUUGGCUCAGUGAACUUGGACUGGAUUUGUCAAAGUGAUGAAAGGUUUAAAGGAAUUUUCAUAAAUGAGGUCUCCAAGUGUGUUUUAGCCAUAGAAUUCCAAUGAACUCCAAGGCACAUGAACUAGAGAAUAGCAUGUCUGAGAACAACAGUCAUAUCUUGAUGGAAAUAAAUGAUUCAGUUUUAUUCCCUGAAUUCUGCAGAUGUAAGCACACUUAGCUGCUGAUAAUCAUAAUUAAGUAGUACUGUUGUGCACUAAAAAUACAGUUGAAAAGUCUAACCUUUAAUUAUGUUGAGUACUCACAGAUUAACGUUGUCGCAAAUCUCAGGCAUUGGAAGCAGUACACUGUUUAGUCUUGUUGCUAGGAAAUACAGCAGAGCUCUUCAGAAGUUACAGUUUGAUUUGGUGAGAAGAGGGAGGUAAGCUUCUCGCCAUGAAUGACUUGAUCACUGCUUUUCUUUCAUACUAUAUGUGAGUGUAUUUUAUGCAGCAGAAAUCCUUGUUUACAAAGCUUUAUUUGCAGCAGAGGUACCAGUGUGUGUACCUCCAUAAACAUCCAGAGAAUAUCUGGAAGAAUGAUUUUACCUAAAGCUCCUGCAUGAGAUGCACAUCAGGAAGUAUUUGGGGUUUUGGUGAAAUGAAUUCUUUUAUCUUUAAAUCUAGACAGUAGCCCUUUGAAAUUAAUUAUUGUGAAUCUAAUUGUGGUUUUGUAUUCUUACUCUUAGUGGGAAACUGUCAAAUUAAUAUAGAUAUUUGAUCCAGGUUGACAGGUUUCUAUAAUCAUUAAAACAUGCAUGUAGGAAACCAACUCUGCUCAUUUUGCUGUGCUGUGCUGUGCUGUGCUGUGCUUUCUUUCUGCUCCCUUUUGGCAAACUUGCCUAUUUGUUGCAUUGUUCAUUAGCUUUAAAAAAUGCAAAGCUUGUCACUUGCACAACUUGAGAGGGAAGAGCUAUGCCAGAUCAUUUGCCUUGUCCUUGAGAAAACUGAAGGAUUUCCGUGUGUUUUUCAGUCAAGAUCAGACAUGAAAGAGUGUCCCCCCCCCCCCAUGCUCAAAAGCAGAACUAAGGAAAAACCCACAUGGAAAAUUUUGUAUUUAAUCUUUUUGCAGCAAGUCAUUCUACAAAGGGGCUGGUAUUUCAAAGCAGAGUCCUUCUUAGGAGAUGAAAACUAGCAGAAACAGGACGACUUGUGCUUGUUACCAGGUGAUAUCCUAUGCCAAAUCUUAGAACAAACUAGACAAAAUUAGAGAAAGUUGUGCUGGGGCCCGAAUCUUGACUCACUCUAUACGCUUCCCUAUGACCUUCCUUAAAAUUAACCCUCUUUUACACGCAUUCUGGAUGGUGUCAAUUCAUGUAGAAAGCCAGUUUUUUAUUUGGUAAGAAUUGGUUUCUCUACCUGUACAAGUAAGUACCUAACAUAGUGUCUAGUAGGUACUGUGUGAUCAAUAUAUUUUAGCUGAAUAACUUGUCUUACAAAGUAAAUGUGUUUGUAAUCUAAAACCUAGGACUUUACUACAGUUGAGAUUAGAGGUUUGUCUUUGCAAAAGAUAACCCAUUACUUAAUGUUAUUUGCACUCAGAACCUCAGAGUUAGGAUAUAUCAAAUAAGUACGCAAAAUGUCAUGUGACAGAAGAUUUCACUGCCCAGCCACUAGUCGGAAUAUGUGAUGGAACUGUAAGAGGUUUUGGAUCAGAUGUUAUAGAACUUUGGAUGCUAAGAGAAAAUUAGAAACUUUGAUGGAAAAGUAUGAUCAUAAAAACUGCCUCACAGAUUACAAAUUUCCUGAGGGUAUUAACGCCACUCAUUUUUAGUAUCUUCUAAAGCAUCCAAUAGCAUGUGAAAGGGAAGGGACAGUGUGGACAGCAGGUGGAAACAUAUGUGGCUCUGAGCAUGGAUUUCAGCCUCAGAAUAAAACCCAGCUCGGCUGCUUGUGUGUGUGUGUGUGAUUUGGGGAAGCUUCUUAAGCUCCUCAGUAUUUGAUGUGGUUUCCUUUUUUAUUAAUAAUAUUUUGAUAUGGUUUCCUUUUUUAUUACUUACUGUUUACCUCAUUAACUCAAGGUGAGUUUUUGAGUUUGGACUGAAUUAGGAGUAGUGGACAAUGCCUACAGAGCCUGUAGGAGGAAUUGGCUGGCUCCUCUGUUGCCUGACUUCUUCAAAUUGGGUUUUGACUAAUGGGAGGCAACAGCAGGAGAUUAACAAAUAAAUGGGGAUGGCGUUUUUGGGGGCUCUGUAAGCCCUGAACUCCCCAUUAUCAGCCACUUACACUGUAGGUCAUGGCGGUUGCCAGCAGCCUUCACUUAAAGGUUGCUGUCUGAGACUCUCACAGGCUCUGUCCCCUUGUCAGCACUCCAGGCCGAUGACUGCCCACUGUGGUCUUCCUAGUUGAGAGUGCUAGGCUGUUUCUCAUGCUUUCCCCAAACUGCUGCACAUGGGAACACUCGUCUUAACUACACUAGUCUCAAGCUGCAUUGGAGUAUAUCAUUUGUUUUCUGUUGUGAACGUCACUGACACAAGUGACUACCUAUCUCCGAAGUCAUUAUAAAUAACAUGAUUUAGGUGGGAUUUAGUACAAUGGUUGACUCACCGUGUACAUUCAGCAGUGUCUCAGAUGGGGACACAUACUGAGAAAUGUGUUACUAGAUUAUUGCUUCCUAUGUGAGCAUUACACAGUACAUUUACACAAACUGAGAGGCCCAGAUCGGCAGUGUAGUCUUAUGAGACCACUGUUCUGUAUCUGUCCAUCAUGGACUGAAGUAUUUUGUGGUACGUGACUGUGUUAUCAUCGUUAGCUUUUUUUGUUGUGGUUAUGGUGCUGGAGAUGAAACUCAGGGUCUGACAAACUAAGCAAGUAAUGUACUGCUGAGCUGCAGCCCACGUCCUCUUUUUAAAAAGAUAGUAUUGAGUUUGUCAUUUCGUUACAUGGCUUAAACAAUUUAAAUGUGGGUGGGAAACAAUUUUUAUUAUCUUGUAGAUGUUAGACAUGGGAGGUGUAAAACAGGAAGGCCGGGGACUAAGAUCACAUAGUGUACCAGUGACUAAAGUAACGAGUUAAAAUAAGGAUUUUUAACUUUGAUUUGUAAUGAUACACAGUCACAAAAUGUCUAGAAAAGAAAGUUGUAACUUUAAAAUAUUUAAUAAAAACAUAACGUGCUUGGGACCACUGACUGUCUCUAAAGUAAUAAACCCUUAUUUAUGACUAAUCAUGGGAUUGAAUCGUAGACAAUUUAGCAGCCCCAACUUAAUUACUAUGAAGGCUGAGACUGAGCUCUUCUAUCUUCCUGGUAAUUUCAAGACAGUUGAUCCUUAGGGCUGAAUUUCUUAUAGGUGCCCAGGGUAAAUAUGUUUAUUCAUAAUUAAUACUGACUGUGAAAGCAACAUUCUUAUAUUUAUGUAGUAGAUUUUCUAUUAAUAGACAUUUGUCUGCCUUUUAAGGGUUCUCAUCCUUGACCCACAUAAAAGUGGCCUUUCUGUGAUAUUUAACAUCAUCUCAUCCUUAAAUCACAGGACAUUGUAACACAAGACACAAAAUUAAAAUGUUUAUUAAGAAUAAAGGCUUACGUCUCCUAAAGUAGUGACCAGUUUAAAAAACAAAACAUGGUGCCAUUUCUUUCCAUUUGACAUAAAUUCGCCAUAGUUAUAGAAUUUCAGACCAUAUGGUCUAAUCUUUUACUAUCUUGAAAAAAUUGCUGAAGUAUUCUCUAGGAAAAAAGGAAGUUUCAGAAAUGUUGCUUGUUUUGCCCCCUUUUUACAACUAAGUCAAGGGAGAAAUCGCAGUUUGAAAGUUCUUUUGGUGUCAAUGAGAAUAAGGAUUUAUAGAUUGUCCUUUCUGAGCAAAAGCUGCAUGGACAAAAAUAAAUAGUUCUAUUGGGGAAAGUGAUAUAGUGAUGUACAAUGAAUUACUGCCAUUUAAAUAUUUGUGUCUGGAUUUUUCUUUCAGUAUCACUUUCUUUAGGAUCAAUCCCAAAUAGGAUUCCUUCAUUUCGUCUUUUUAAAGAAUGUGUUUAGAAUAGAUAGCAACUAACUAUAUUUCUUUUCGUUUGCUUUUUUUUCUUUUCUUGCCUUUGAAUUAUCCUUUCCUGAAGAUCUGUUACAUUAAAGGCUCAUAAUAAUCUGCCAGAUGAUCCUAGUGAAACCCUCUACUUCUCCCUCUACUUCUGUUUAGCCUUGCGUGAAAUACCGCCACAUUUUCACAGAGAACUGAUGCACACAUUUGUUAGUUUAGAUGAUUGCCCUGUUUUCGCAUUGGUUGUGUUGACUGGAGAACCAGAAGUAUGGGAAUAGAAUGAAGUUCUUAGUGGGUCUCCCUGAAGCCAUAACUUAAACACAGCCACACAAGGUUCAUAAAAGUAAUCAGUGCUGUUUCUAGAGGGUUGACAUAUUACUUUAUACAGUUGCUCCGUAACCAUGCUUUCGUACCUUUCCUUGUGUGGGCUCUUUUCUUUCUAAGAAUUAUCUAUCUAGCACAGUGGUAAGGAUCAAGUACUGUAGUGUGAAGAAGAGAACAAUGAACUGUGCUUAGAGUAGACAUGAAAAUGGUCAGAUUUCCAAAUGCUUCCCAGAGGUGACAUUUGAUUUAGAGUUAAGGGCCCAGUGAGUAUUCACCAGUCAGGAAAUUCAGGGGGAGACACUGGGGUCUGACAGCACUUGGGAAACUGUACUUAGCUGAGACUCCACCAUGAUACAUGUCGUGGACUGACAGGAGAUAAAGUUAAAAGGGUGAUUGGAGCCAAACUUGGUCCAUUUUCCGUGUGGAAGAGGGAUGUGUAUCUGUCUUUUUAGUAAGUGAUAUUAAUGAGUAAUCCUGCAGAGAUGCAUGUCAUCCAUUCUCAAGGCUUAGCCUAUCAUUUCUGUGGUGGUUUCCAAAUUUUUUAUCUCUAGUCUUGGGAUAAAGAUUCUUUUUGGGUUCUGGCAGUCUGCAUCUUUAUAUUGUAUCAGAUUUCCCAAAGUCUACACCUUCAAAGUAAAUUCAUUACUUUUCCUUCAGAAGUUUGACUCUGUCCCAAUUUCCUAGUGUAGUGAGUAGCCACAGCUUUAAAGGAAAUUAUCCGUAACACUCCAUGUCUUUACUCUCCCUCCCCAGUGUCUCCGAGCAUCCAGGGGCUCAGUGAGUCCUGCCUUAUUUUAUUUUUAAAACUACUCUUAACAUGAUUAGUAUCCUUUCCACACCUCCCCACAAUGUCUAGUGUCUUUAGGUUGUUAUUCUUUCUAUUUUUGGUUGUCAUAGUGACAUUUUAACUAAAUUCAAUUUUUUCUGCUCUAUUCCUGCACCAUUUCUAAAAUUAAUUUAAUCAGUGAUUUUGCUAGUACAUUUUUAGUAAGUCCUCACUGACGGUAGAGUAAAUCUGAAAUUCUUACCAUGACGUAUAAACCCUUAGGAUUUUACUCCGCGUCACGUGUCCAGCUUCAACAGACCCAUGACCAAACAUCUCACCCUUCCCUGCGUAUUGAAUAACUUGAAACUCCUUAACAUUGCCAGCACUUGUUGGUUUCUUGUGUGUUUUCCUCUUGUUCCCAGCCUUUUGCCCUGUCAAUUCACUGCCCCUGACCUCUGCCUCCAGUCUGUUUGCUGAUAGUUUAUUUACUUUUCUCUGUGUGCAUUAGACCACAGGCUACUCGGUGUCAGACAUUGUGUUUCACUUAUGCCUGCUACACUCCCCAGGCUUUGGGUCUGGCAGAUAGCAAAAAUUAGAGUAGUUACAAAGCACUUCUUACCACACAAACUACUGACUUACUUAUAGGCAUUAUGUCCUUUAAAGGUGAAAAAAAUCAACAUACAUUUUUAGAGCAUAAUGUGGCAAAAACAUUUGAAUAUUGGAAAUUAUACAUAUUUGAGAGAGUCCAGUCAGGACAGUUUUUCAUUAAAAAAGUGAGAAUUUAGAAGUGAUCUAUAAUAAGACUAUAAGUAAUAGAACUAAAAUUGAGAGAAUUUAUUAUGGUGGUUAUUAACGAUAUUUGAUGGAGGGGUGGAUGGAUGACGGAUAAAUAAUAGAGAACUCAGUGUGUUCCUUAGGACUUACUAAGGUACUUAUUUAAUUUAUAAAAAUCUUAACUUUUUGCAACAAACUUAUUUAGAGGAGCAGUCAACAAAGGCAAAUACAGAAGCAGUUUAUAUGGCAACAGCUUGAAAGGAGAAAAGACACAUCAUGAGAGAGUAAAAUGACUUGCCUUUUAAAGUGGUUAUUUAAAAUUAUAAAGGUAUAAUGUAGAAUUAUUAACUUAGGUUCAAAACUAAUCAUUCAAGUAAGUGUAUUUUAGGGUUCCUUUAAUAAAAAACCAAACUUCCAGUGGAAUAAUAAACUUAAUGGUUUAUCAGUCACUUAGUAGAGAGUAAUAAUUAAAAGUGUGGCCCUUAGAAUCUGAGUGUUGUAGUUUGUUCAGGCUGUGUAGUGGACUGGUAACUGGUGGGUCAACUUGUACACCAGCUGAACUGAAUCAGUGUGGUCUGAGUGCAGAUGACCCACCUGAGGACUGUUGCCAGCAUCAAAAGGAGACCCGGAGAAGAAGAGGGGGUUGUGGAUUCUUCUAAGUGUUGUUGUUUGGAGCCAUUGGGUCUCCUGGAGGAGCUUGUCAUGCUGGCUCCCCUGAUGUGAACUUGGCUAUUAGCAUCAGAGGAUCUUGUUGCUAAGCCUGGCUGCAGUUCAUUUGCAGGGAGCUUUGGUCCUUACUUUGAGCAUCAUUUCCUGGCUCUGGAGGAGAAGAUAUAUGCUGUUUAAUCUCCAGAAGCUUGUCACGCUGGCUUCCUGAUACAUACUGGACUGUUAUCAUCACCAGAGGAACUUGGGACCUCCUUGUCACUGAGGAUGGCUGUAGUACUUUUUGAGGGGAGCCCCAGUUCUUAUUUUGAGCAUUGCUUCUUGGCUAUAGUACAGAACCUUCAGCCUGCUUGCACAGAUCCUUCACCCUGAUGGCAGAUACUUUCUAGCUGCCACCUCUGACCUUUGAGCCUUCCUAGCACAGGUAUGUGAAACAGACUUGCGCGAGUCAUUGUCAUGGGCUCUAGGUCUUUGUCUGACGGCAGGUUAUUGCCAUGGGAUCCAGGCUGUUGGCUGAAUUCUUCAGGUCUUUAAUGUUGUGGACAUGCACUUGCUUUGUGUUUGACUAUCAUAAAAUAAUACCAUAAAUUAUGUGUCCUAUAUGUAAUUGUUCUCUUUGCAACCCCUGACUACAACAGGCUGCUAAAACAAAAUACCCUAAACUGGUAGCUCAUAAAGAACAGAAAUCCAUUUCUUGUCCUCUUAGAGAUCGGUGGGUUCAAAUUAAAGCUCCAGCAGAGUCAGUGUCUGUGAGAUGCACUCUGGGUCUGGGGUAGGUGUCCUCUGUAGCCUCUCCUGGUAGGUGGCUCAGAGCACUUUGCAGAGCCUCUUCUACAAGGACAUUGAUUCUUCAUGACCCUCCACUCACCCACACUCUUACUUUGUAAUGUCACAUUGGAGAUAGAUUGCAACAAGAUGUUCAGAUCUUAAUGUUGCUCAACAGGUGAUGACUGACUGACUGGUAAGCCCUGAUGUGCAGACCUAGUAAGUGAUAGGUCUGUGGAGGGGAAGAAGAGGAGGAAGGACUGGCCGGCGGUGGCUGAAAAGAUAAGAAGUAUAAAAUAUAAGUAACCUUUAUUUUGGGAAUGCGGGGAGAGACACCCCCGACUCCCCAGGGCGCAGCAUCUCCACCCCGGGGCCUGCCAUCUCUCUCUCUGACACGUGGAGUGGGGGAAUAUAAAAAGCCUAAGCUUAGGGCAGUGCCCUAAGGCCAUUAGAGAUGCACAGGUAUUUCAUUGGCACACGUUUGGCGCCAGGGACAGGUUGCUAGGGGUGGGGGUAUAGGGUUACAGGUAAAUCUCUAGGGGCGGGGGAGGCAGGAGCUCCCUAAUUCCGGCUGAGGCUUUUUCUGGCUAUAGCGUCUGGUCUGGGCCAGCAGCCCUUUCAGUAAGGGCUUGUGCUUAUGUUUUCAGCUCUUUGCCUUUCUUAGUUUCUUUGAUACAGACUAAACAGAUGCUGUGUCUCUUCCUCCCUGUAAUCCCCUGGACCUUUGCCUUGCAUUAUUUUUCUGUCAGGACGCUUUCCUCAGGUAAAUAUCCUGGGUUUCUUUGCUUGUUGUCCACCUUCCCUACAGGAAUGUGAGCUGAUAAGUAUAAUACUUCCCCUUUUUUGACUGUUGAAUUCAUGAAACCUAGUAAAGUCCCUGCCCCGUAGCAUGGAAUUCAGUAAUAUUUGUGGAAAGAAUAAGUGUGCAAAUAUAACCCUGUGCUCAUUACAGCAUCCAAAAUAGGUUGUGUUACUGUAAUGAACGUGUUUUUGUAAAUAUUGCUAAUUACAAUGGUAAUACUUGUUCACUGAAAACAUGCAAAAAAUGGAAAAUACAAAGUCAUAUCUGUAGAAAAAUUGAAAAUUAUUUUCCAAGUCUGCAGUAAUGAUUUAACAUUUUGAUGUGUUUUCUUUUUUAUGCAUCUGAUACCGUGAUUGUGCAUCUUCAUAGAUGUAUUAUUUAUGUAUCUUUUCACCCAGUAUUCAAUCAUCAGUAUCUUUUUGUAAUUUAAAAAAUUUUUAACUUCUUUUUAAAAAUGUAAUUUUUCUCCACCUUAACAGAAAUAAUGAAACAGAGAAGGAAAUCUGUGUUGCAGGCAAUCGUUGGCAACAUCUUUACAGUGCAGACCUUGCCGCACACCUGCCAAGUCGUAGUGUUUGGAUAUAGAUGAGUGAGGGUGGGUAUGAGAACCAUCUCUUUGGAUCUUGAGUGAGACAUGGAUUUUCUCCAGAUUAAUUGGCACUGCCAUAAAAGGUGUUUCCUGAUUUAUGUGUCAAAACUUCGAACUGUAGCAAGGCUGGGUGAGAAGGUUGGGGUGAUUGUGGGAGCGUCCAGGUUUCACCAUGACAGGCAGGCAGGAGGAGGAGUCGUUCUGCGGCGCUGCGGUCUCAGUGUUCUUUCCUUUAGCUUGCUGGCUGAGGGGCCCUGCUGCAAGUGAGUGGAGGAAGGAGGAGGACAGACAGGAGCUGCUCUUCACGGAUUCCCUGAGAGUCCCACUAACACAGGCACGGGAGGAACAGAGGGUGGGUGAGCAGAGGCUUCCUAAGAGAGCUAGCCAGGCUCUUAGGGGAGUGUAUUACUUGUUUCACACUCCGCACAUGUUAAGACACUAAGUAGUACUUGGUGAACUGCGAGGGCGAGUACUUUCUCCCUAAUACAUUUGGCGGAGAGAUGUGGCCACUACGGAGAAAAUAGCACAUUAAAAUUAGAAAUAAGAAUGAAAUAGCUGAGCUUGUGCAAACUGUAGUUUACAGAAAGAGGUUAGCACAAAAGUAGUCAUAAAUCACAGAUGCAACGUGGCACAAGAAGGCAUGUGUUUCUGUAAUUUAAAAUGAGCUUCUUGGCAAAAGGUGAAGCUGAGCUUUUCAAAUUGCUGAAAUGUUACUGUUUAUUUAUGAGCCAAGAUAAAACACAUUUUUAGAUAAAUGACUAAAUUGAAAUACUAUAAUGCCUGCCAUUCAAGUGCUGUUAUAGCUAAAAAAUGCGACUAUAAAAGUGUCAAAUUAUUACAGAACCUAUUUGUUGGUUAGGUGUUUGCUGUGUUCUAUCUACUUAGUUUAUUGACUCCUACCAGGUUUUACUGCUGCCUGCCUUGCACAGCCAAUCCAUGGUAGCUAUUGUAAAUGCAAGAUAUGGGCCUUUCUACCUUACACAGCCGUGAAGGCUCAGAAACUCAAAGCAGAGCUGAUCCUGUUGCUGAUGACAUUAGAUGAAGUAGAAAUAAGGCUACUUUGUUGUUAUAUCUCAUUUACAGAACUGUUGUUGCUGUUUAAAGUUCAUAUUGAGGUGUGAUUUCAGACUACAUCUUAUGUUCUAAUUGUUCUGUCAUCUCCCCUGGGAAUUUAAGGUGUGGUGAUGAAUUUGGUGAUCUAAGAGGAUAAUGUAAGUGUUUGGUAGAGAGAUGUGGCGACUGUGGCCACACUGUCAGGUCGAGCCACAGUGCAGCUUCCCACGCUGCUUGUCACAGGAGCAGCAGCAGGCGCGGGGACAGCAGCCCUGCAGUUUGUGCACCUUGAAGGUUAGGAAUUGCAGUCUAUAUGACUGGUGUAAAUUAUGUUUUGGAAAUUAUCACAGUUGGGCCAUGGAGGGCUGAAAUGUUUGGUAUAGAUGACAUUAAGUCACGAGAAAGUUAGGGUGGAAUUUUCACUGUGGUAGUGAUGGAGGGGAUAAAAGCUACUAGAAAGACUAUGUCAGUGUGGCAGACUGAGCUUGUGCAAAGAGAGAAGUGAAUUAAAGUCUUAACAGUAACAGGAGACGGGGCACAGCAAGCUUGAGUACUCCAAGGGACUGGAAGAAGAGCUCUCAAAAAUAUACAUGAAAUGACAAAUUAAUAACUGCUGACACAUAGCGUAUACAAGUAGUGAUAAAAAGAUGUGAUUGUUUAAAAUAUUACUAUAGUGAAAGACACAUUGAUGGAAUAAAUAUUCAAAACAAAGUGGGAGUAUUUUGAAUUUUUAAAGGAGCGUUAAUGGCAAUUUGUAUUUUACUGUAAUAAAUAUUUUUAAGCAUUCACUAUUUUUUUUAUCACAUCUCAUUACCUUGUGCAGGCUCAGUUCUGUGCUAUUUUAUGGGUGUCAAGCAUUCAUCACAAUAACCUGGUGAAAUAAGAAUGUUGAACACGGGGCUGGGGAUUUAGCUCAGCGGCAUAAGCUCCUGCCUUGCAAGCAGAUAGUCGUGAGUUCGACCCCCGGUACUGAUAAAAAAGAAAAAGACAAAAAAAAAAAAAAAAAAAAAAGAAUGUUGAACACCUCAAACAUACAAAUGAAGAGGAAAAAAAGAAGCACAGAAAGUGUAGUGAGCCAGACAUGGUGUUGCAUGCCCACAAACCCAGCUCUCUAGGACACUGGGGCAGGAAGACUGCAGUGUCAGCUGCCCUGGACAGUCGAUCAACUCAGUGAGACCUUGACUCAAAAUUAAAGGAAAAAACUUUUUUUUCUUGAUGCUGGGAAUCAAACUCAUGAUCUCACACUUGCCAGACAGGCACUUAUGCCACUGAGCUAAAUCCCCAACCCAAAAUCCGUCUAAAAAAAGAAAAGCUUGAGUGCAGCUCAGUGUGAAGGCCUGGAUUUAAAAAAAAAAAAAAAAAAAAGUGUGCAAGUGACUCGCCCAUAUCACAUGGCUGAGGAUGAAGCCCCGCUGAGAUUUGAGCUUCCAGUUCAAGUCCAUGCUCUCGGUAAUUACGCUGCAGUGCCUCUUUCAUGUACAGGAAUGUAACACAAGGAGGGUAAGGAAAAGAGAUUGCACAAGCUCAGCCAGUGGACAGUAGGCCUGAAAUAAAGGGAGGAGGAUUAGGGUGGAUUAGAGAAACACUUUAAUAGGAAAGUCUAAUUAGGAGACAUGGAUUCAUACUACAAAAAAAAGUUUUUCAAAAUUUUAGAAGUUUCAUGCUGCGAUUGAAACAUGUCUUUGUGAAAAUAUACAAAUUUUGUGCAACUUUACCAUAGUCCUGGGUUAAAUAAGCAUGUGAAAUAUUUGUCACCACUAUACAAAUGAAUAAACCACUGAUUUUGGGUACGUUCAAUAAUUUUUGUGUUACUUUCUUCAAUUUUUGUCCCUUGGGUUAAAAGGACCUUAUAGGUGUAGACUUAGUGACUACAAUUUUUAGGAAAUGUUAUUAAAUUGCCAGAGAUAUUUUCAAGUCAGUGUAGAUUUGGCUAGGGGAUAUUCCAAAAUGUAUUUGACAAACUGCUUUCACUUUUAAUAAGACAGUGGAAAGAAUGGCGGGAACAUUUCUAGGCAGUUCAUAUAAGCAGUUAUCCCUCUUUUUGUUGAUGUUCAAGAUCCUGUAUAAUCUUAUUUUAAAGAAAAAUAGGUUUUAGCACUUAUCCGUAGCAGAAUGUAAUUGCUAGUAAUUGUUUUAUUGCAAACACUGAGAUGAACAUUUGCCAGUGACCCAAAAGAUAGGGCUUCAUCAUGUGUCAUUUCCAAGGUUUUAUCCUUACAGUAUGAAACUAACUGUGUAAUUUGAUUAACUAUUGAAUUCAGUGAUAAAAUAAGCCAUAGUAGUAAUUUGGCUAAGUUAAGCCAUUUUUGUUUUCUGUCAUCUUCCUUAACUAAACAUGCACAUUUGUAUUUGUAGAACAGGCAGCUAUAUCAGCUCUUACAAAAUAAUAGGAGGCAAAUGAGUUGUGAUAGUCCAUUGAGCCUGAUCAGUGUAACUUUGAAUACAUACAACGUUUGUCAUAUUGUUUCACUGUUGUUGCUGUACAUCAGGUUCUCCAGGAGACAGAAUAGACAGUCAGUUUACUAGGAUGUGCUUUUGUGCACAGGGAAGCAAAAGUGGGCAGGAGAGAAGUUGGCUCUAAUGUGGCCUAAGGCCUCAGCUAACCCGCGAACAGAGUACUGAGGUUAGGAGAGGCGUCCAGCGUUGUAUUGAGUUAGGACAACUGGGCCUGGCCUUUACAACUCCAUGCCAUCCCAACGUUGGGCACAGGUUGCGCUGGGAAACUGGCUUUCUAGUCAAGGAACAGUACUGUCAAAAGUGGAUACAGGGGUUAGCCCAGCAAUAUCCUGCCCAGCAGUUGGAAUAAAUGCUUCAAUCUUAAAAAGAAAAUGUGGGUGACACACAACAGUGUUCUCUGUAGUAAGUGGCCAAAAUACUUCACACUGUAAGGGAAAAGUGGAAAUAAUAAAAAGUAGUACAUGUAUUUUAUCAUUGAUAUUUAAGUUACAGUGUUAUCUAGGAACUUAUGUGAAUUAAGAGAAAUUUUGUUAUUUAAACCUUUUUGGCUAGGAAAGGAAAGAAAAUAAUAUAUUUAGUUAUAUACUUACUCAGAGACUAUAUGCAUCUAAGCACUGUCUUAAAAACUUUAUACAUAUUCUAUCAUUUAAUGUUUGCAACCUCCUUGCAGGGAAGGUCCCAUUGUCCUUCCACUGCGAAGUAAACAAAAUUGGCGAGGUUAAGGGACUUGUCUAAAUCAUAUGGUUAAUGGUCUAGUCAUGAAUUUGAGCCAGAUUUGCCCAAAUUAACACUGUUUUCUUGGUUCUAUCCUGUGCUGUUCAUUCCAGGUCUUGAAUUUUAGCCAGAAAUUUUCUCCUUCAGUAGUUAGCUUUUUGCCUCAGUUUUAACAGUAUUUUCUUUUCCAUCACUUUGACCUGACAGACCGUAGAAAUCUGACAUUUAAACUAUCUCAUUUGACCUUUUCCAGUAUCUCCAUUGGUUAAAAAGUACUUUUAUACUCAUGUAGCAGGACUGUAGUGCUGAUGACAGUGAUCUCAGAUCUUAGGAGAAAUGGGUCAUUCUAGGGUGGCUUCAGCCAGCAGUAAAUGAGAUUGCAGGGAAAGAAAACCCACGAUGCAUAGUGUGAUAGGAGCCAGAGGAGAGCAUGAUUACAAGCUCAUGCUUGAUUCCCUCAUUGGGUCUAACACGGGAGAAAGAAAAACAUGAGCAGAUGCGUAUGUUGUAAGUACAGAAAGAAAUGAACCUUUAAAUGAUCAUACAUUAUAAUUCUUUAACUUAUGGUGAAGAUAUUCUGAAAUCAGUAGAAAGAAAUUACUUAAGUGGCCACUAGGAAAAAUGUAAGUUACAUGCUUUAAGUAUGUGACUUAAAUGAAUUUUGAAAUGAAUUUGCCUCCUUUAAAUUUGCAUAACUUCCUAAGGACUUAUUAUUUCAUUAGAAUGUCUCAACUAUGUGCCUGUUUUUCUGAGACUGUUAUUGACUGAUCCUCUCAGUUGAAUCCUGUUACCCAGGGUACAGCACUUACAUUGCUCUGUGACAUUUCCUCUGGUUGAUUUGUGAUGGCACAAUUCAGGUAGACUAAAUUCUCUUGUCCCUUUGUUUAUUUUGCUAGGGCACUGCUUGUGUCAAUUCAAGAGAUUUUAAGACAUUUGUCAGAUUUCCAUGUAUUUCAUCUUCCAUAAUUAAAAAAUGGAAUCAAGAGAGUCAUAUUUCAGUAACAUUCCCUUUAAUAAAAAGUGCAUGAAAAUAAUCUCAGUCAAGUACUUUGUGUACCUUCUCAAGCAACUAUUAUUUUAUUCAUAUAUUUUUUAUUGUACUCAAAUCUUAAUAGAGGAUUUAGAGUAGAUAUUUCUGUAUGAUUGAUGCAAUGCCCUAUAUAUAUAAGUUACUUGGGACUUUAGUGUUUUAAAAAACAGAUGCUAAUAUUUUUGUCUGUUGAAGUAAAAAGGGGAAUUUAGGUACACACAGAUACCAAAAUUAAUGCAUGUGCUGUAUGCAUGUUUAUGAACAACCCGAAGUUUUAAAACACAGUCACAAUUUAUCUCUAUUAAUCUUAAGGGCUAUAAAUUGGAUUAUCACAAUUGGUGCUGUAAAGAUGUAAGAAUUUAUUGUUAUCAUUCUUGUGAAAAUGGCUACAGAAUGGCAGUAAUAACACUGUUUAUACAUUCUGUGGUAUGCUAACACAGACAGUUUAUAAAGAUUGACACUUGAAAACCAAAUUAAGGCUUUCUUUGAGUUCUGUUUGACUACCUCAAAUCAGACUCAAGUACUAAUACAAUAUAUUGAUAAUUAAUAUAUAAUGUACAAUAAUUGAAUGAUUUCAGAUUUCAUUGUUUUCAGUGUCCAUAGUACUGCAUUUGAAGAAAGUUUUUCCAGUAAUUUCAUAUACUUGGCCCAAGUCUUGAAGGGAGUGCCCAUGUCUUGAACUUCAGUAGGGUUAAACCUAAGUUUAUGGCAGGAGUCACACAUACUUCUGCUUCAAGGGCAAGACCCCACAGUCAUGUGCAUGCAGAAGCUGGGAAGGUAUUUGGGUACAGGAGAGGGAGUUGGGUACUGCUCCGUGGGAAUGGUGGGCACUGGCCAAGUAAAUGAGGUAGAGGUCUGGGGAGGCCUGGGCUCGCAGUCACUUGGAAAUGUAGUGCAAGUUUCUUUGCCUCUUCUGAUUUUUCAAAAGAAGACAGAAGUAUAAAUGUUUUGGUAAUAUUUCUCAUAUUUUAGAACAUUCAAGCAGGCCAAAUAAACCCCCGUAUGUAUGCCCGAAGUCCCCCAGCACUCACAUUCCAUCUAAGUCAGUGAGAGAUUAGAGUCCUGCAUCACCUUCCAGUUUACAUGUGUGGGAUGCUGAUGCAUUUUGAAUAAGAAACUGUGUUCAAAGAAUCUUCAAAAGAAUAUCAAACCCAGCUUUGGACAGCUUUCCGUUUUCUUCAAGUGUGAAAAAUACCAUGACUCUUCCACUUUUCUAGUUUAAGCAUGCAUCUAUGCUAUUUAGCCAAAAACAGAGGGAGCUGCUGGAAUCUUACUUCAUUUGGCUUACUGUCUUUUAUUAUUGAUGGGCCCAAAUUGGAUACCAAAUUUCCUCUUUCCCAUUUGUAUCUCAGUAUGAGAUUUCCUGUCUUGAUUCAAACAUUAGUGGUCAGUUUUGCUCUGAUCGUCUGUCUGUCUGCUGUCCUUGAUAUAUUUUUAUAACAUUUUAAACAGAAAGUAUAAGUUCUACUGUGAAGGCUCUCUAGUGAUUUCUCAAGUUGUUUUCACAUACAACUGAUGCUGACUUCUAGAACAGAAGUCUGGGAACUACCAGUGAAUGUAAAACCACUGAAAACAGGUUUUCCUCCUUCCCAAGUCUGCCUUUAGGGGCAGAGCGGGAAAAUGAAUGGGAAUGAAAACUAGAUGAGCGUAGUCGAGAAGGGGGUUAAUUUUGUUAAUUUCAGGCUCACAUCAGCUUGAAGACAAUAUAAUAAUCUAUAAAAAAUGGAACACUAACAGGAAGCCAAACUACUACUACUUUUUCCUUAAGAGCUCAAUGUGUUAUAGUAAUCAGGAGCUCAUAAAUUGCUCUUACAAGCAGUGUAGAAAAAGACACCGUAUGAAACAUACUUAGAACUGGAAACUGUAAAGAGAUUCUUUUUCCUGGUUACUCAUGAGGUAUUUUUUCCAUGUGUUGCGUUUCAUUUUUGCCUUUUCCGUGGAGAAUGUAGGGAUUUUGCUGUGCUUUUUACGUUUGUGAUAGAAGAGGUGGGGUCAGCAUGCAGCUGAGUUAUAUUAAGGAGCCAACUGUGAGGAGUACUGUUACACUGUCCCUUCAUUCUGUAUAUGAAUACAGAAAAUGAUCACAUGCUCCUCUUCAUUUAUACUGUUACCUGGUUAUAAUUACUAAAUUGUAGCUGGGAAUGAGAAUAAACAGAGAGGAGCGACUAAAACAAUCCAGUUUCUUCCAACCCCAGCCUUUUCCCUCAACAGGAAACUUUCAGUUGCUUUCUUUCAUCAGAAAACAGGACUAGAAAUCUCUAGCUAGAACACCAUUAGGAACUGUUAACACCUCAGAGCAAACAAAAGUUUUACAAAAUAUUUACUAUAGUUUGAAAAUCACUUAGAAAGUCAGUGUGACCCUGUUAACAUAAAAAAGCAGUUCAAUAAUCCCUUUUGUUACUUCUACAGAAAGUCUGGAAAAAUUAAAAUUAUACUAGCUGAAUCUAGACAAAUUUAUAAGGCACGUGCUGAUGGUGAGUAAUACCUGUUUAUUAGGAUGAUUUUCAAGGUCCUUACAUGAAAACUCCCAUAAUUUAGCUUUAUAACUUAGAAUUUAACCUUAAACAAGGAUUAGGCACUCAUAAAUUGAAUCAAGUGAUCACAGACAAGAGGAAAGAAAAAUGUUUUGUAAUGCAUUCUGCUCCACCCCCUAGUUACUUUUUGCUUCAAGAGCCUGCUUUAUGGUAAAGAAGGACAUAUUUAAACUCUUUAGUGCCAAAAAUUUUCAGUUUAUGUCUUGGCUAACCAGUGAGGAUAAUCAGCACCUUGUCUUCCUUAAAACGGACAGAGUGCAUUUUUAAGGUGUUGAAAGAGAAGUACACGGAGCCUGCAGGUUGUGCAGUUUCAAUUCUCUGGCCUUGGCAAAGAUUUUGAAAUUUAAGUUGUUUUCACUUGUCAGUGUAAAGCACUGUGCUCAGUUAAAUGAAUCAGCUACUUUAAUCUUUGAUAUUUUCUAGCUAAUAUGUAAAAAUUGGAAGUGCAUAUUCUGAAAUAUAAAAAAAAUCAAUGUUAUUUGAGUGUUCAUUUUACUGUGGUUUUAUGUUACUUUUACCAAAGGAACCAUUUUGUUCCCCAAUUUGGUAAGUCUGUUUUAGUGUAUUAAAACUGUUUUAGUGUAUUAAAAAGGCAAACCCAUUUAAAAAUUCAGGUUUAAUCCUUUGGAAAUUAACCCUUCCAGGUUUUAAAUGAAUACUGCCUGUAUUUAGGACAAAUGUGGUGAGCCUCCACUUCAUUUUGAGUUUUAUUUGGAAAAACAGUAUGACUUUCGGUGCCCCUGGCCACUGUCUAAAACGGGCUCUUCUGGUGUUUCCUAGAAAGAGCACUGAGGCGCUUUCCCUGUCAGGUUUGUAGGAAACUCUGCUGUCUUCAGGAAGGCACCAUCCAUGUGAAAUCCACCCUUAGUAUUUGAGAAAUACUGAUUAUGAGAAGACACUUGGGGUGUGAUUCGAGCAGCCAGAAGCUGCAUCAACAGUAACCCAUCUUGAAUCUGGCUUCUUCCAGGACCCUUUGUCUCCUCCAAGUUUACUUCUUAAGUAUUUCAUAGAAUCAGAAGUUAAAGGACUGCAUGAUAAACUUACAUGGAGUUUAGCCGUCUGCCCACAUCUGAUGUGAGUUUCCAGACAUCAGCUUGAAUAUACCCAGUUUACAGCUUCUAGCUUGCUCCUUUCCUCUUUUCUAAUCCCCAGUGAUCUGUCAUGGUUGCCUUGUUACCCAGCUACGUGGAGCACGGGGGUUUUCAACUGGAGAACAGAGAACAGUAGAACCAGCAGCUGGUGCACAGGUGCUCAGACAGUGUCCUGUGCGGUACAGCUGCAGGUGAAAUGCAGCUCCUUCCCUCAUCAUUCAUCGCAUUGUUGGGUAUGAACUUGUGUAGAUUUAAAAAAAGCACUACCACAGGACCAUCCCAAUCCGCAUGGAGUGAAUCACUGUUAUAGCUGUGUGUCGUGACCAAAUUUGCAUGGAGUACCUGAUGCAUGGAAAGAAUUCCUAUACAUUGUCUUAUUUAAUCCUAACAGUUCUGGGGGACCUUGAUGACCAUUAUCCUGACUUAAGUAUGAAGAAAUAGCUUUAUAAAGAGGCUAAGAACUUGCCCCUCCUAAUUCUUCAGAUGAGUCAUGGGGGAAGGAGCCCAUGUCCUUAACACAGUGGCGGGUCCCUCAGCUCUCUGUCUUACUCACCAGCACACAUGAGGUGUUCCGUACCCUCAGCUUCCUUUUUUUGUAGCUUGUUUUCAUGGUGUCUGUGAUAAUCAGGUUUUGCUCUUUUUCCAGUAGCAGAAUGUUUUGAUAAAUGGUGUGCUUAACUUAGAGAUGAUUUAUAAUUGACAUAUAAACUAUCUCCAUACUUGUUUUAAUUAGGAAACAAAAUAGAAUGCCUUUUUUCCUCCUUUGCUCUUAAACGUGUGAUUGCACUUGUGCUGGGAGAGAUACAAAGGCAGAUGGUAUCUUAAAAUAGUUUUACCAAAUAUGUUCAUUCAUGAGUUAAAACUAUAGAAGUCUUCAUGCCAAUAAAAUUUUCCAAUGACAUUAAAAAUAUCUUAAUGUUGAAACGUAUGUAACUGUCAAACUAAAUCAGCUAACUUUUCCUGUCUCUCGCCUCUUAGCUGCACAUGGCUGACGUUUGCUUAAAAUCAAAACUUUCCCCUAUGAAGGAGUUUUCUAAUGCUUCCUUUCAACUCACUUUUUCCCUAACAAUGCUUACUGUAUGAAAUCUUUUAUUCAAAUAGGAACACAUCACACAAGUUGGAUCACACUGUUAGAAAUUAGUAAUUUGAACUGGUGACAGUUGAAAUUACUGUGAAUUUUAGUUAGUUUAGUUCAAAUUUUAAUAUUUGAAACAACCAUCUUAUAUAUUUUAUAUGUAAACAGUUUUUAGAAAACUAAAGUAAUGGAAUAUUAAUAAUUACAUCUUGCUUUAAUGGAUUACUAAGGAUGUUUUAUACUUAAAUCACCAGUUCUCUGUCUACAUAGGUGACAUUCUGUUGUUUAUUUUCUCUAAGGUAUGGAGGGUUUGGGAAAGGCCAGUUGUUCCUUAAUUUCUUGGUCCUACUGAAUUCUUUGGAUCAGGUUGUUGGCUGGGGUGUAGGGAUCCUGUCCCUGUGAAGUGUAGAAUAUUUAACACUAAGAGCUCUGUUGAUGGCAAGCUGAACAUGGCUAAGAUCUACGUCUAAGAUGAUUUCUUUUUUCUUUUCCUUUCUGACUUCUGUCCAUGUAUCACCUUCUCAGGCCUUCCCACAUGGUAUUAAAAAAUUGCUAACCCUGUAACUGCUUCCUCACUUCUAUACCACUGUGUUUGUCCUCCUAGCCCGUAUCUCUACCCGAAAUUACAUAUUUAGUUAUGUAACAUCAUGCUCCUGCACUAACAUAGAGGAUUCAUGAGAGAAGAAUAUCUCUUACUCAGUUCUGUAGCCCCAGCAGAGAUCAAUAACUGGCAUAAUCUGCAGCACAAGUAAUUGUGAUUGAAUGAGUAGAUUAUUCACAGACACUUGGUAUAAAAGAGUAAAGAGUCUAUUAAAGAUCACAAAUGUACCUGAAAAUAAACUGCUAUGAGCAUUUUUAUUAAUGAAUCCUAGCUUCAAGUAUGAUCAUUCUACCUAAUGGUUCUUACAAUGAAUUAUUCCAUAAUUGAGAUUUAAGUUUUUCCCUCAUUUUAUGUAAUUAGUUUUACUAGGAUCUAUUUUUCAUGUCAAGCAGACACCAAAUUCAGAGAGGAAAAAGCUUUGAGCCCACAGGAAAGGAAAGAAAGCCAGGAAGAUGUACAAAGUAAGAAAACAUUAGGAAAAUAGCACUCCUCAUACAGUCAAUCUCUGCAAAUAUACCGAUAAGCAAACUAGUAGGCAGUUUCAUUGGAAAGUACAAAAGGAGAGGCACAAAAUUCUUUUGAAUGCUAGUUUGAGUUUUAGAACAGUCAACGUUUUGAAGCAGCAAUUUAUCCAUUCAGAGUUUAAAAUUUUUCUGUAUUUUAAAAUUUUUAUUUUGUGCUUAUAUUUUCAGCUCUCCAAAUUUAACCAAUUAUAAAUAUUGUAAGUACUGGUCCACUCAGUCUUUGAAUGAAAGUAGUUGCCAUUCAUAGGAAGUCUAUACUUCAUUAUAAAAGUGAAACACAAAAUUCUUGGCUUAGUUAUAAGGGGCCCCAAAAUAACUAGGUUAAAAUGCUGUAAGCUUAGUAAAUAGCAAAGAUACACAUCCUUCAAAAUGUGUUUGUUCUUAACAAAUUAUGGAUAGUAGGGGAAAAACAGCCUCUUCAGACUAUGACCUGAAAUCUGCUGAAAUUUUAUAUGACAAAAACACCAAGCUGGCCAUGAACAGAUGCCAGAAUUCACUAAUUGCAUCAGUAAAGUGUCUGAUGAUUUGUGUCUCGGAAAAUGCUAACAUCAAGUUUGUUGUUCUUAUUUGAUUGUUCACAUGUGUUCCUUAUUUAUAAUGCCUAGUUUGCUCUUUUAAUGAACCUAAUGUUUCUUAGUUUUAAACUUAGAUUCAAAAUAAUAAGGAUACUAGGUUUUUGUUUGUUUUCCUUUCCCUAUAACUGCUUCUUGAGAUACGUGUAAAGUUCUGGAGAGUCUAUAAUAGUCCUGAUACCAUGGGGUUGGUACCAGAUUGCUAUAUAUUUAUCAUAGAACUGGAAUAACUAAAGUGAAUGCUCUACCCAUUUUUUUAAUUGACUGUGUUUUAGAAAGGAAUUGAUAACUGUGACCUCCAUGUAUCGGUGAUGAGUUCCCUGCUAAUCUCUCUUAUUCUACUCUAUCUCUGUUAUCUGUGUUAGACCUGGGAAUAUAGUUCAGUGGCAUAAGCAUCUUCUUGGCAAGCACAAGGUUCUGAGUUCAAUUCCUGGUACUAAAAGAAAAGAAACUGUAUUAUCUCUGUUAUCCUAUCUCCAGUUAUGGUAUAGUAUGCGAUGGUAUCUUAUCCCUUCUAGAUUCUAACAUUGCUCAGCAUCCACAGUAUGAGUGAUGUGUGCGUGCGCGCACGCGCGCACGCGUGUGUGUGUGUGUGUGCGUGUGUGUGUGUGUGUGUGUGUGGUUUUAUAAUGAUGAUAAGUGGUGAUGACAGUAAACAGGGAAAGGCAGAGAAGGUUGCUGUUUAUUCAGAUUCUAACUGGUAGCAUAGCAUUUUGUUCAGUCAAUAGGCAUGUUAAAUUUUUGAAGCAUCAUAACAGAUGAUACAUAUGGGGAAUAUGAAGAUGAAUAUGACCUAGCCCGGCAGUUUGCCUUCUAAUGAUUUUCAUUCUUGAGAUAGUCUAGUGCAACAUAUCUUCCUGGAAGUGUUAGUGAUUCGAGGAAAUCAAGGUUAUUCAACUUUUGAACACCCAGUGGAAUGCUUUCACCAAUUGGUUUGACUAAUGGCAUUUUUAUUAUUAUUUAGAACUUACUGUCUUGAAGAUUUUUUAAAAAUAAGUUUCUGAUUUUUCUCAUAAAUUGUUUUAUGUGAUUUUAUGUUUUCUAAGUAAAUGAUCACUUAAAUGAGGUUAAAAGUAGGACUCCAGACGAGGGAAUGGAGCUUGUCUCAAAUAGCUAAUGAGUUUUCCAAAGCCAGAAAGUCUUUUGUUUAAGUAGAAGGCAGUUCAACCAGCACAUUCAAUUAGAUCAUGUCUGUUACAAAGAAUAGAUUUGUGGAUUGAUUGAUAUUGUUUUAGGGCUGUAAAAUAAAGAUCUAGAGAGCUGAGUCAGUGCACAUCUUUCUUGUAGUCAUCAAAUAAUAGGACUCUUACAGUCAUUUCUAAUGACUUACUGAAAUUCAGGUAAGUGAAAAUAGGGCUGAAAUGAUUUAUUUGCAAAUCUUGUGACAUGUCUGUUUAAUAAUAGUAUAAAGCCAAGAAGUCAAUCUUAAAACUUUUUAGUAGCAACAUAAAGUCAUAAUUUUGACUACUGAGAUAUUUGCAAUGUGAAGCUAUGAGACACUGAUGGUAUGGAUAUGAUUAUGGAUAUAAUGAAAGCAGUUGUCACUGGAUUGCCUAGAGCUUUUUCAAUCACAUUAACUAUAUUACCAGAUAAUUAAAACAGAGUUUGAGUAAAGCUUUGAAGGAAUGAUUCCCAGAUGUUAGUGUGCUAAUUUUUAUCACUAGAUUAGAGGUAACCUAGUGUUUUAAUGCAGCUGGAAUAAAAGUACAUACUUCGGUAAAAUGUCCAGGAGGCCUCUCACCCCUUUUCCUAUGAGUAGACCACGAGUUCUUUGUCACCCACGAUAUGUUACAGCUUUCCGGAAGGUCUGUGUAAGAAAUGCUUUUCAAAGCUUGCUGGGAUAAAGUGGCCAUCAUAACAUCUUUACCACAAAGAACAUCUGUUCACCAGCUCUGCUCUCCUUGAGCACCUUUGGGAGAACUUCAUGGAAUGACUUUUUCUCUCUUGACAGGCUUCUGUGCUUGAGGCCAAAUUGCAAUGUCAACAGUAGUAUGUUCGUGUUUGUGUUUGUGUGUGCGUGUGUGCGUGUGUGUGUGUGUGUGUGUGUAUUAAGCAUGCUAAACCAUAAGCAUGGUUAUUUAAGAAUAUGUUCUAGGGGCUGGGGGUUUAGCUCAGCUUCAUAAGCACCUGCCGUGCAAGCAGGCAGUCGUGAGUUCAAUCCCUGGUACUGAUAAAAAGACAAAAAAAAAAAAAAAAAAAAAAAGAAUGUGUUCUAUUAUUUCAGGUAAUUGUAAAGUCAUUGACACAAGAUAUGGUGUUCUUCUCUGUCCCUUAUUACUCAGUUUUUAAUUUCUAGAAAUCUAUAUUUUUAAUUAAAAUAAUACAUUUGACAUGGCACAUUUGAGGUUUCAGAACUUUAUUCAAACAGUUCAGCUUAUGUCUUAUUUAUGGACUACUGUGAAAUGAAAAAAUAUCUUACGUAUUUUCAUUUUAAAUUGAAUAACUGAAUUGUGAAGUUAUUCAAGGGAGGACAAAGCUGAAUUUGGGAAACAUUCAUCCUGAUUUUUCCUCUGAUGACAUGUUUAAUUUUUUAAAAAAUCAAAAAUGUUUUCCUUUCUAAAUUCCAGUUUUUCUGAGCUUGUUAGAUUUCUACUGCUUUAACAAAAUACCUAAGAACAUCAGCUUAAAUGGAAAGGAUUAUGGUAACUCACAGAUUCAGUCCAUGGUCCGUGGCUCCUUUGCUUCUAGGCCUGUGAACACAGAAACAUCAAGGCAGAGGGUGUGGCAGCUAGAAAGCAGAGAAAGACUAAGAGAGAAUUUGCUUGUGGUGUCCUCUUCCUCCUCCUCCUCCUCCUCCUCCCACGUGUGUUCCCUUCGGCACCCCAGCCUGUGGUGGUGCCGCCCACAUGCAGGUUGGGUCUCCCUCCCCAGGUUGCUGUCAUCUCUGGAAACUUCCUCACAAAUACACCCACAAGAGUGUGUGGCCAAUUUCUUUGGCGUUUUCAGUCCAAUCACGUGGACAAUCAAAAUUAACUCCCAAAGCCUUUGUAUACUCCGCAUUACCAAACAAAUUAUGAGCAAAGCACACAAUUCAUAUUUUAUUUUUAAUCACAUAAGUUAAUAGUAGCUUUUAAAGCUUAAAGAAUGCUACAAAUUGAUUAUAUUUAAAUUCUGUUCAAAUUGCUGGUAUUUCCCUCAUUACUGGUCUAGGUUUUAAAGCACGUUUAUCUUUCAUGCAAAAUAUUGUAUGAAUUGAGAAACGACUUGAAAAUGUUUUGUUCUUAAGUAUUUUAUAUAUUACUUUAAAAUGAGAAUCAUAGAAAUUACUAUUUAUAAAGUUUAUUCAUUCAUGUUUGAUAUCUUUUCCAUUAAAGGAAAAAAGUAAACCAGUGUUCAUUUUGUGGAACAGUAUGGUAUGGGCAAUUAUUAUUGUUUCUGCCUUGAUGUUCUUGAAUAAUACUGUGAAUAUUGAAUAAUACUUGAAUAAUACUGUUCUUGAAUAAUACUGUGGUAAUAAGCACACUUCCCACAUUAUCUGAGCGUUCACUGUUCAUUUAUAAGGUGAGUGACCCUAAGAGCAGCAUAUAUAUUCACUGAUGAACUAACUCGUUUUAAAAAGUCUUAUUUUUUUAAAGAGGGUAAAAUUAAACAGCAAAACAAAACAAAACAUAAGAAAGCGAUGUAAGAGACAUAAAUUUCAAAGCAAGACAAUUAGAGAUCUUUACUGUCUAUCAUAUUGUCUCUUGUUUUCAUCCGAAUAGUUGACCAUAGCUUCACAUACAGUGAAUUCACACGAAACAACAUAGUAUAGAACUGAUCUGAACAGGAUGAGGUAGGCAUUUUAGGUUUUCAAGACCAGACAUUAGAGAAGUCAACAAUAGCUGUCCUAGUGUCUCUCAUUCUCUUCAAAAUAGCUGUCCAUCUCUUCAUGUAGGUUGAAAUUAUACAAAACAAAACAGACUAAAAUCACUCUGAACAAAGAAUAAUAGUAUUGCUGGAUUUCUCAUCAUGACACUACAGAAUCAACACUGGGUGCUAUAGUGUCUCUUUCUUCAGAGUGGUUGUUCAUUUCAUCAUGCGUUAUACAAUCAGUUCUCAUAAACUGUUUAUAAGUUCUACACAUGCAUGAGUCUCUACAUAUAUUUCUGUCCUUUCUAUAUUAGAGGGCAAAAAAAGCAUAGCAAGAUAAAACAAAACAAAUUCCUGUAAAAACAUGAAAUGAAAAAGUCAUAUAAAACCACAAUACAAAGUGAUCUACAGUGGUUACUGUGUUGUCUCUUGUUAUCUUCAAUAGAAUGGUCCAUAUCAUCAGGCUUAGUAUAAUUGAAUAUAGCAGUACAUAACAAUAUUAAUAAAAACAAAACAUUGGAGAUAUUAUAGGGCUUCAAAAGUAUCAAACCGAAUGGGAAUCCUAGUGAAUCUUGUCAUCUUCAGUAUAGUUGCCUAUACUCUCAGACUUAAUACUAUCAAUCAUAACAGAUUUGAAUAAAAUCUGUCAAUACAAAACAGCAAUCUAACCAGAUUCAAUGAUGAUCAGUCAUGAUAAAAUAGUACAAGUUAUACAGGGCUUCAGAUUAAGUUAAUAGGGAAUUAAGGAUGAUUACUGUACUAUAUCCUGCUAUUUUGGGGAUAGCUGUCUGUGCCCUCAAAUCUAGUACAAAUAGACCAACUGGAACAGAGUAUAAUCCAUCUAAACAGAGCAGUAUGAGCAACGGGGGUUUUAAAUCCUUAUACACUAUUAACAAUAUCCUCUGCCUUCUUUUUUAAGACUAUUCCUCCCCUUUCACUCCCACAGGAUGCUGCAUAUUUUGGGUCCCACCAACUCGCUCAGCUUUUAGAUUGAGGUGGGGCAACCUACUAUUUACCUAAGUGGUUCCAAGCCUUCUCACUCCUGGACUUGAUCUCAAUUUGUAUUCCUUUACUACAAAAGCCUCGAGCUUUUCCUUCCUAGUAGCUGAGUAGUUCUCUACUGCACAUAAGUAUCCUGUCUUUCCAACCUAUCUGCAGGUGCUGGUCAAGUUGCCCCUAUUUCUCUCUGGGUCCCUGUCAGAGCAUUGUUUUUUCAUAUUUGAUUUUCAAUCCAUAAACCCUUUUUCAGGUUAAUUAUAUUUCCUAUACAGAGCAUCUCGGAGGACCCUACCUCCUGAUCUACUCUGCCUAUGUGUGUGUGUGUGUUUGUGUGUGUGUGUUUAGUGUAUCAAGGCCAUCUAUGUUAGAGAUUAUUGCCAACCUUCUCUGCCUUAUCUCUGCUAUGCUAUUUUUCUGCCAUUGGUUGUCUACUUUUCUCCUUCACUGCACUGUCUGCCCCAUUAAUUGAGGCCUCUUUGCCACUGUUCUGAAAUGCUAGUAUUUUUUUUCUCUCUCUCUAGAAUGUCCUUCAGUAUUCUGUGUAGGGUUGGAUUGGUGGUCACAAAUUCCCCCAUUAAUUGAGGUCUCUUUGCCACUGUUCUGAAAUGCUAGUAUUUUUUUUUCUCUCUCUCUAGAAUGUCCUUCAGUAUUCUGUGUAGGGUUGGAUUGGUGGUCACAAAUUCUUUGUCAUAGAAGCACCUUGUUUCUCCAUUAAUUUCUAGAGACAGUUUUGUAGAGUACAUCAAUAUGGGCUGGAGGUUAUUUUCUUUAAGGGCUUGGAAUACUUCGCUCCAAGCUCUUCUUGAUUUGAUGGUCUGUAUUGAAAGUCUGCUGUGAUUUUGAUGGGUUUUCCUUUAUAGGAAAUCUGUUUCUUUUCUCUGAUGGCUUUUAAUAUUCUGUUCUGGUAUUUAGGGAUCUUGAUUAUUUUAAUUUCUGGGAUCUUGAUUAUUAUAUGUCAGGGUAUAGCUCUGUUUUGAUUGUAGGUGGCUACAGUUCUGUAUGCUUCAUUUAUCUGGAUAUCAUUUCCUUUUCCUAUGCUUGGGAAGUUUUCCUUAAUUAUUUCUGUGAAUAACCUUUUUAUUUCCUUUGUUUUUACUCUUGCUUUUUCACUCACACUUUUUAUUCUUAAGUUACAGAUCCUCUUGUUGUCUUCUACCCUUUGUAUUGGUACUGCCUGUUUCCUUGUUAUUUUAAAGAGAUCUUUCCUUUCAUGAUCACACAUUGCAAACAUGUCUUCAAGUUUUGAUAGUCUAUUCUUAGUUUCUUUCAAGCAGUUUUGCCAGCUUUCAAUUGAGUUUUUAAGUCCCUGGUAAUCGUUUUGAAUCUGCUUCUUGUAUUCUAAAUUUUCUUUAUAUUCUUCUUUAAUUUCUCUCCUUUUUUGUGUUCCUCCAUUCUCCUGUCUCUGUCUUCUUGAGAGGUGCUUAGCAUUUCUUUUAUUAAUAUACUUAUAUCUUGCUUUACUUGAAUUAAUAUUUCAGUUUUGAGCUUGUCUACGAGAUCCUUAAAAUAUCUCUUUAUGUCCGCUGAUGCCGUGUCUGAUAUUGCAUGUUUGCUGCCCUCAAUCUGUUUUGUAUUUACCUGGAUCUCUUUCCUGGAUCAAUAUUCUCAGGGUUGGGGGCUGGGGGUUUUUCUUAUUUCUUUCUCUUGUCAUGUUUUUGGUUUCUUCCAUACAAGUGUGUAGUGGAGGUCCCAGCCCCUUUCCUUGUCGGUUAUGGUUCUUCUGAAGCAUGCUGGCUAGGGACUUCUGCCCUCUCUAGUUGCUGUUGGUCAUUGAGGUACCAGCAGGGGCUGCAUAUGCUGGUCCCUCCCAUCCAAGCCAGUCUACCUUCAGGGGCCUUCACCAUGUUAGUGUGUACUGCAUGUACAGAAUCGGUUUGGGAUGACUUAUUGGGUCCUGGCCAGGGUUGUGACCCAGGCCAAGAAGAUACCACCAGUCUGGUCUGGGAAGGGAACAACUGACUGAAGUCACUGCCAUCCCUAGUUCAGGCCCAUCCUGCCCAAUUCCAACAUGUCAUCCAGUUGGUCGCCCCUUUUCCAUGGAAGGGUCUUAUUGCCAGCACUCACCAUGGGUUAAUGCAGGUCCCUCACUGGCUCCAUUCUCUGUUGGGCUUGCCGACCUCCAACUUCAGUGCCACCGUGGCUCUGUGAGUCGAGGUGAUGUGAGUUUGGGCCACUCUGGCGAGAACACUGUAACCACUAAUCUUAGCUACUCCAAUGGUAGCCCCAGGACUGUGUGUUUGACCAGCUCUUUUCCCUUUAGUUUCUUCCUGGGUUGAGAGAAUCCAUCUCCCUCUGUCUAGACUUCUCCAGGCUGUUUUAUUCUGGCAUCUGAGUUGUCUGUCUCAUGGAGCCUUGGUAUCCUGCUGCUUAUUGAUCUGUCAUCUUUUGCAUCUCUCCAAAAAUAAUCUUAUUUUAAAGCAUGAUCUGGUUAAUGUUUCUCUUCAUUUGAGAUGAUUAUAAGAUAUCUAGAAUUUAAUGUGAAAAAUACAAUACUAAAUAUAUAUGUACAAAAAUAUGUAUUACAGUCCAUAUGACAAAGCUAAUUGAUGGCAAGAUCUUUAACUAAAAGCAAUUAAUACUGAAAUACUGCCUGAAUUACAUAUAAAUCCACUGAUAAAUGCGAAGUUAGUAGAGUUAGACAAAUGAACAAUUGAAGAGAGAACAAAAAUGGAUGUGAACUUAAAUAGUUUAUAUGAGAAUUAUUUCAGAAUCAAAGGAUGAAAAGCUCUUGGGAAAACUAGUUACUUUUUAAAGUAUUUUUGCAACACUAGAUCUAGUUUAGGCUGACUUAUAAUUUUAUACAAAAAUUCAUGUCCUGAAAAAUCAACAUUUGAAUCAUCUUUUUUAUAGUUUAUAGGUGAAAUUAUAGUUUCAGUUUAUAGCUGUAAUUACAGUUGAAACUUUGUUUCUAAUAUACUACCUCAAUUUGAUGUUUCUCAUUAUUUUGAUGAAAAGUAUAUUGAACUUUUUCUGUUACCAGUUACUCUCUAAUAAUAAAGAGUUUUCUGGAGGAAAACUACAGCUGUGAGUUUUCUGUCACCGUUACUUGUGUAGUGAAUGUGUCUCCUUUGGCCUCUCGAUUUAAACACAAAUUAUUUAUCUCUUCAGAAUAUUUAUGGAAAACAGAUAUUUUUAGUUCUGGCCACACAUUAAAGUUACCUGAAAAGUCUCUAAAAAUGCUAACGCUAAGUAACAGGCCUACAACCGUUAAAUCAAAAUCUUAGGAAAAGUAGAGCUUGAAGUGAAUUCUCUUUUAAACUCCCCUGCAGAUUCUAGUGAGUGUCACUGCUAGCACGUCAAAAAAGCGUUAAAGCUGGGGGUAUAAGUUUUGCGUCUAAGGAAAUGGGUGAUGUGUCUCCUGACCACUUUUAGGUGUUUCCUUAUAUAAAUCAACUUUUAAAAACUAGUAACAGUAUUAGAUCUUUGUUGACAAAGAAAAACCUUUUAUGCAAGACACUUUACUUCUGUAUCUGAAACUGGGUGUUCCAUUUUUUCUUCUAUUUCCUACCUUUAGAAAAAUCAUGUGGUGCUGUUUAUAUUUCUGUGUGGUUGAAGGACUGACAGACAAGUCGUUUACAAACUGAUGACAUCUUAUGCCUUCUGAUCUCUUUGGAGCCUCAUCUCAUCUUGCAUCCUGUGCUAGCCACACAGAUGUACUUUUGUUUUCUAAAUAAGUGGUACUCAUCAGGGCAUAAUGCUUUUGAUGGCUUUCCCCUGCCCUUGGCUGUCCUAUUCAUGUUAGUUGGUUUUUGCAUUGUUAGGACAAAAUACCUGCCACCUUCCAGAAGUGGCAGGCUGUGACUUGUGGUUUCAGAGACUCAGUCCAUGCUUGGCUGGCGCCAAGGUGGAAGCAUCAUGACAGAAAGGAUGGAGCAAAGCUGCUCAGUUCAUGGUGGCUGAGAAGUAAAGCUGGGAACAGCACCAGAGGUUGAGGCCAGGGACCAGAUAAAACAACCAGAAUUGAAUCUUCUCAAUCAUGUCAGUUUUUCUAUGUUUGGAAUAAGCUAAGGAGCCUCAUAUCUGAAUUUGAGGCCCAUCUCAGCUGAACAAAGAAGUUCAUGUGAAACGUGAGACAUCAGCAAUAGCUAAGGUGGAUCCACAUGCAGCAGGCAACUUCUUUUUCAUAAUAUCACUUCCAGGCAUUAGUUUCAAUCAGUGAACAUGUUCAGUUGCAAUGGUGUAAUUUUUCAUAUCAUUUCAUUACAUACUAAGUGGACAUUGUCUGUUAGACAUCAUGUGCACAUUCCUUUUAUGCACAAAUAAUGCCUCACAAAGGGAUUUGUAAGAAUUAGAAUUUUGUGUAAAUCAAUGUUGGUUACUAGAAAAGUCUUAUUUGUCACUUCACUGGUUUAUAGUUUAUAGUCUGACUCACAGCUCGUUGCUGACCAACCUUAUUUGCAGGGGUUGUGGGACAACCACCGUGUUAUUUUACUUUUUUGUGUUUAUAUAUGUGACAAAACCUAAAGACCACAGAAUGUGGUUUGUUAGAGGUGAUGGAAUGAAGAAAAGGUCCAGGAGAUCAGAAGAUUUAUUCAUAAUGGAGUGGGGAAAAUGUACAAGGAUGUGACUAAAGGAACUUUCUAGAAGGGAUUUUAACAGAAACCUGUGGUGAUACCUCCUGUAAUGCUAACACUUGGGAGGCUGAGGCAGGAUAAUUUCCAUUAGUCUGAGGCCACCGUGAACUACAUAUGAAACCUGUCUCAACAACAACCAAAAAUACAACUAAGUAUUCAGUAUUUAUUUUGCUGAUAAUCUUGAGUGUUAACUUUCUUUAAUCAUGAAGAUCAUUAUUAAAAUGUUAAAUGUGUCUUACAUAUCAGUUACAUGACACAGAUCAGAUUUUGCAGUAUCUCUACUACACCUCCAACAUUUUCCUGUUAAUUCAGCAUAUUUAGUUUAUAUCCUUAUUACGGUUUGGGUCUAGAUGUCGCCCAAAGCCUCAUAGAUACGGCUUUUUCAGAGGUAGCUGAAUAUAGAGUGUGUCAUUGCUUCAUGGUGCAAAAAUGCUAGGAUUAAUGAUACUGGGAUUGAGGGUGGGUGGUUGCUGGAUCGGUCCACUGAUUGGUUUGGUAUCACACUAAUCCUGGUAGGUUAUGAAAGGGGCAGGUUGGUUUGCUGCCUUGUGCCCUCCGUGAACUAUUUCUACUCUGCAAUAACCCUCUGCCAUGCCACUCUGCCUUGAAGCCACCUGAUUAUGGACUGGAACCUCUACAGACUGUGAGCCAAAUAAACCUUUCCCUCUGACUUGGGGUGUCCGGCAUUCUGUCCUAGCAAUGAGAGAAAUGUAACUAAGACAAUUCUGUAACAUACAAAUGUAUUUUCCUUUCUCACGCUUGUUCUGCCUUCUCUAUAUUCUGUGUUGCAAUAAUCUCUCCUUGUUUUCCUCCCUUAAUAGAUGUGCAUAUUUGAUUGUAGAGGAAAGUUAAAAACACGAGCUGAUUAAAGACAUGUUUCUUCUGUAGUGGUUAUAUACUUAAUGUAGCCAGUGAGCAGUUUUUUUUGUUUUGCAUUUAAUGUCAUUAGGACCCAGACAGGCCUCAACAAAAGGCACUAAUCUGCCACAUGCAGCAUCUUCUGUCUGCAUUUGAUUCCAGCUGUGACUGGGAUCUUUGUGCUGACCUCAUCGGGAAGGUUAGCUGCCUAGCAAGUUUAGCCAACUGUAAUCUAAACCAAAUGAGUUUGUAUACAGUGUCAGCUGUAUACCAGAAGACCAGAUGAUGGCCUUGUUGAGAAGGAGGGGUCUGGCAGCAAUGAUGACCUCUAGUCUUCCAAAAAUCAGGGUCUUUGGGCUCAUCUGCUGAUUUUCUUGAAGGAGGCCAUGUCUCAUUCGUCUCUUCUGAAAGCAACUUACCCGUAAAGUGAUAACAAAGUGCAGUUUUCAAAAUCUUGGAUGCUUAAUAUUUGCAAACGAUGUUUUCACAAGUGAAUUAAAUUGGUAAAUAUGGUAUUUUCGGUGAAAGUCACUUAUCGUUUUGUUUCUGCUGCUCAUCAGAUUUCAACCAGACCCUCCCAGAAAAUGAGCUGUUUGUGUGGUUUUCUACAUCGUCAUCAAAGGUUAUGCCCCCAUUUGCCUCACUAACAGUCUGAAAGGUCUUUAUAAACUCACAGUGAUUUUUAAAAUUGUGUUUGGAUUAAGCUUUUUUUAAAAAAAGCCAAUGUAUUUAACAGUUUCUUGACUCUUACUGGAGUUGCUUUAGCUAAGAUAUUCUCUCUGAUUACUAAGGUUUCUGAUUCUGCUGAGGGGCAAAUGGCAAGGGCAAGAUUCCAGUGCUUUUCAUUUUUAUUUUAUUUUAUGUCUUUAUUUUUUAUUUUUUUGUUCUGGGGAUCAAACUGCCAACCUUGCACUUGCCGGGCAGGUGCUUAUGACAGAGCUAAAUCCCCGCCUCAAGUGCUUUUUAAAAUGUGCAUUCUGUUGUAUCAUAAAUCUUCAACUGAAACUUUUUUUCAUGUUUUUUUAAAUAGGCUUGGAAAGUAGUUCCCCACUAUUGAAAAGGUUCUUAGAGGUUUUUUGUUUUGUAAACUAUUUAAAAGUUUAGAUUUUCUUUACCUAUUAUGAACUUUGCAAAAAAAUCAGGCUUUUUAAUCCUCAUGGCUAUAAGCCAAGAAGAAUCAUUCAUUAUGUGGGCAAAUGACACAUCAGAAGACAACUUUGGGUUCUUUUAGUCCAUUUGUUCAACAGAUACUUACUUUUUCUGAUCUUCAUGUAAGUAACUUACAGGCUACUUGAAAUCAUCUUGUUUCUCAGAUAAAUUUUUGGUUAUUCACAGUUGAUAUGCUGUAGCUCUAAACAAAUGGUUAAGUAUCAUCUUAACAAAAACAGUUCUGGCGUUAUCACAAGCUUCCAGUUACUCAUGAGUGGUAGAUACAGAGCCCUGUCUGCAUGAGAAAUCAUUCACUGCACACGUGGACAAAGAUGACCUACGUCUGUUGUUUAAUGCUGCUACAACUGGUUAUAUUGCCUUAAAUGUUUUCAAAAGCGUUUUUCUUAUUUAUUGGCUUAGUAUUUAGCAUUAGUAGAAUUUUAGAACUGGAAAGAAUCAACAAUCAUAGUAGUGUAGAUAUCUUUCAUACGUUUACUCAAGCAAAAGACUCCAUUUAUAGAAAAUUAAUCAGGCAAGACUAUUGUGUUGGGACUCAGGAUGAUGGUUUCCUACCUAGAAUUCUGGAAAGGGGCCUCAGAAUUGGAAUAGGACAGAAGAGGAACAACUUCCAUUUGUGGACAUCCAUUAAGCUAUGCAAUUAAAUUUGUGUAUUUUACAACAAAAGCUCAAAGUAUCAACAGUGGAGAGAUAACUGGUAGCAGGACAGCCAGCUGCUGUAGUUAGGGCAGGGCAUAUAGGGAGGACUCAAAGAUGAGAAUAGAGGUGUCACAGUUCUUAUCCAGUCACCUGCCACAUUUGAGAGUUGAGGAAAGCUUUUCAGAGAAUGAGAGUCAAAAAUUACACAGCUGCUCAUAAAUAGCGUUUAUUAACUUAUACAUGUAUAUUGAGCACGUACCAUGUUGCAGACAUGGACCAAAGCACUGAAUAUACUGGGAUCAGAAUGGCCAGGCAGACCCUGAUCUCAGGAUGUGUAGAAUUCAGGACUUCAAACAACUCUUGCAUAACCUGUCUGCACUCAGUAGACAUUUGAGGUCGGACUUCCUUGAUUCACAUUACUCUUUUUAUUUCAGAAAAACAAAUACUUCAUUUUUCUAGGGUACAGACUGACCUUUCUUCUCGUUGCAUGUUUCAUUAUGUUGAAGGCACAGCGUGUUGAGAAUUUAGUGUAGUUUGAUAUGCAUUACGAGAGACCCUGGUCUUUCAGAAAGGCUGGGAUGAGAACAGAGAAUUCCUGCAGAGUGGUCCUAUGGGUUUGUGGCUGGGUGCCGGGCAUAUCUGUGUGAGGAGACUCACAUCACUGGACUCCAAACCUGUUACUUGAUCAAGCACUCAUCUGCAUGUCAAAGAGGCUUAAAGCUAUGGAAAGAAUUAACUGGCCAGUAUGUUUAUGCAACUUUUCAGCAAAGGCAGUUGAAAAGAAAGUUGCCCUGACUGAGCUGAUUGUCUUGGAGCAGAUAUCUAGUGAAGUAAUCAUGUUAACAUUAUGUGACUCGGGUUAUAUGAUAUUUUCAGUGAUCAGCCUAGUGGAAGUUUAAAUGAGCAAAAAUACAAACUAAUCAAAAACAGUAAGUGAAACAUCCCUUUUGAAACAGAUCAACUAAUCUUUUAUUUAUUUUUAUACUUUUUAUUUGGGUUAAAGCACAGUGCAUAUUCAGAUUUCCUUCAGGAUAUAUGAGCCAUAUUUUCUGUUGCACUUUUAAACCAACAAUAUUUCCAGUUGUAUUUCUUCCCUUUAGGACUAAUUAAACAUAUUUGUUUUUCUAGGCAUUACUCCCAAAUCUGCAAGUGCCAGCAUAUAAAUUCUAAUUUUAUGUUCCAAAAAAAAUCUAGGCUUUGAGAUCAUAGAAUCUUUAGUAGGAAAAAAGCUCAUGUAUGAGAAGGUGCGUGAGGUCUUUGUUGAGAGGUUAGCUUCCUACAUAGUCAUUCUAGAAACAGGUGCAAAUUCCAGUGAAGUUUCCUUCACUGUUAUAUAAACAAACAUCUAAUAAACUCAGCUUCAAUUUUAAAACAGUGUUUCAGCUGGGUACGAUGGCUCAUGCCUAUAACCCAGCACUUGAGGGGCUGAGGCAGAAAGAUUGCUACGAGUUCAAGGCAAGCCAGAGUCGCAUAGUAAGUUCAAGACCAGCCUGAACUACAGAGCAAGGCCCUGUCUCAAGCACUGCCCCCAAAAGUAAAAUAGUAUUUCAGAGGGCAGAAAUGUACUAGUUCAGACCCCUUAAAGUUUGCAUAUUUUAUUUCAUUUCUGUUAAUGUCCUUCAUAUAUAAGAUGAUCUACCUCCUCAAUAUUAUGAGAUAGCUUGAUUUUCAAGUUCUUUCAAACUGAAUUAUGACAAAAUAAUACCCGUCAUCAUUUGCCCUCAGAGUAAAUCUGAAGUUCUGUGCUAGUAAUGGUACACGGGGAACCCCCAUCUCAUAAGGUAAUCUGGUUACAAACUGUACGUGAGGCAAAUACUGUGUUGAGUCAAAAUGAUCCUUGAAAGCCAGUUAAACUGCCCAUGAAAUCCACCAGGCUUUCCUGUUGUAUUGGUAACAUCACUUUGAGCAACAGAUAAGACUACAUUGAAGGAAAAAAUACAUUUUGAAUGCUAGAAAAGCCUCUGGCAUGGUAAGAUCUCUACAGAAUCAAAUUAAUUGGAACCAUAUCUACAGAAGGAACACCUAAUUUGAUAUCUUAUCUCUCAUGUUCAUUAUCAGGCCUAGAUCCACUGAGGGGAGCGAACAGGAACAGCAGGUAGAGUUUCCCACCCUGUGUCACUGGUUUUUAUUUCUUCCCCUCUCUGUCUAGCUGAAUUUAAGUUAAAAAGCAUCUGAAGAGUGGUAUCCCAUGUAUCUGUGAAGGCCUGAAAGGUCUUUUCUGUCAACAAACUUGAGAAAAUACGUUGUCAACUAUAGGGCUAACCACGUGAAAACUGUACUUGUGAUGAAGGGGAGGUGUUACCCAGCUCUCCUAGUGGAUACAAUUGAGUAUGGAAGUCAUUCACGCAUGUUUAAAUAUAUGCAGAUCAUGUUUAAUACUAUGCUGAAGUGUAGUUUGGUUAAUAUAAUGUUGCAAGUUUACUUCCUCUUUAGAGGAACAUUACAUACUUGACAUUGAUAUUUUGGUGCUUGUCAGUAAUGGGCUCUGGGAGGCACAGAGUACCAAAAAUGACAUGUGCCAAACUGUUCUGGCUGAAAAAGGUAGACAGUCAUUAGGCAAUCAACAUGAAGUUCUAGCUCAUGUGACAAGUACUAAACAGCCAACAAGCACUGGGACAAACUUUUCACAUAAAAAUUCCUGAGUACCAAAUUCAACGAGUUUCAAAGCAAAGUACUCUGGUGUGACUGUAUAUGCCUAGAAUUAAAGAAAUUGCUUUUGAUCAGACUGAAAUUAUUGGGCACAUUUUCCUUAAAAUUUAAUUUAGGUCCACACAUACACCCUAAUGUAUAUAUGCUGGCAUCUUUCCUAACAUUUUUAAUGGCUUUGCUUGAGUACUUCUGGGAAUUUGAAAGUUCUUGUUUUCAUGGUUCUGCAGUCAGUGUGUUCUCAGUGUCUGAUGGUGGUAGUGUUGGGAUACGUCCUAGCGCUAACGCUGGGCUCAUUUUUAACUACUGUCUCUCCUUCCUCAUACGAGGAUGCCCAGGACAGUUGGUUUUACGCAUCCUAAGUCUCUUAGAGGGUCAGGCCUGGACUAUGCAGAAUCCUCUUGUGUUUUUCCUUUUCUUUCCCAGUCUGGUCUCCAUCUAACCCAUUGCUGACCUUAAUAAACACAAGUUAGCUCAAUACUCUUCUACGUGAAACCAUUCAUGGGCUACCGUGUACAUCGGAGCCAACCCUAAACUCCAUUUCAUGGGCCACGAAGGACUUGCAGACUCACAACUUUGCUUUCUCCUCUUUUUUCCUAAUAACCUGGCAUUCUCUUGCAUUCUGGUCUUCUUACUGUGUCUCCUGAUCAACACUCCUGUAGUAGGGCUCUUGCUCUUGUGGUGCUUUCUACCUACAUUCUCCCCCGCCCAUAGUUUUGCAUGCCCUGCUCUCUUUUGUCGAUUAAUUCACCUUUAAAAGGCUUUUGUUGAUCUACCAUAUUUAAACAAACCCAAGAACCCAACCUUCCACACCUUUAUAUUUGCCAGCUUUCUCAUUGCUGGAACAAGUACCUAACACCCACAAACCAAAGGAAGACAGGUUUAUUUUGCUUCACAGUUUCAGACGUUUAGUCCAUCGUCAGCUAGCUUAAAGGCAUGAACAUCACGGCAGAAGUGUUUGGUGGAGCAAAGCUGCUGACUUUAUGAAAGUUAGGAAACACAGUACAGGGGAGCAGCACCAGUGAAAGACACACCCGCAAAAGGCCCACCCCCAGUGAUCAGCCUCCAGCGGGGAUCUACCUGCUAACAAAGCAUUUUGCUGUGAACGUCAGUAGUUUCAUCCACUGAUUAGUAUAGCUCCCACAUGAUGCUCUUCAGGAGUCCCUUAAUCCAGUCCAUCUGACAAUUAAUCUUUAUUGGCACACCCUCCAACCCCUAUUUCUCCCUUCCUGUAUUGCACUUCUACAAGCCUAAAAAGAUUUUGUGUAUUUAGGUACUAGCUUUUUGUCUGAUUAAUCCAUUCGGUACUCCUCUAUGCUGUAUUGCCCCGACCAUAUGCAGCUACUUAAACUUAAAUAUAAUCAAAGUGAAAUAAAAUUUAAAGUUGAGUUUCUCCACUGCAGUAGUCUACAUUUCACAUGCUCAGAGGUUACAACACAUGGCCAGUGGCUACUGCAUAGGAUAGCACACAUGUAGAGCAUUCCCAUAAACCGUAAGUUCUGAGCAGCACUGCAUUACAGUGGGAGUGCCUUGGGGGCCCAGAACCUUGUGCACUUGCUCUUCGGGAGGUCCAGUGGGAGCGGCUGACAUGUGGUACCCAUAGAUGCUGAGUGGAGGGGAGAGUUAAGGAAGCAAGGAGACCCUUACAUUUGGAGAAAACUACCCUCUUGCUUUAGUAUUUGUCUUUAAUCCCUUUUUGUCCCUAAAUAGAUUUGAAUUUCAGGAUUAAAGAAAUUAAAAAAAUUGUUUUAGUAUGUAAUGGGAAGCUUGGGAAAUGUUUAAUCAUUGGAGUGGAAUCUCUCAAAGUCCCACCUUUCACCUUGUCUCCUUAGUGCCUCACGUGGGUGUUACAGCCUUCAAAUAAAAUCUUUGUCUCAUUUCCAAGAAGAAACCGAAUUUUUCCUAGUCUCUCUUUGGCAUGAGAAACCAUUUUUCUUUAUCUCCAUAAUGUAUGCACACUUUUUUUGCUAACACCAAAGCUACAGUUCCUCAGAGUUAGACAUAAGGAAUGUCUUUGCCUAUGAGUUGCUAUUUCUGCUGUAUUUCUAAGUUUACCUUGUGAGAAACCAGACUUUUAGAGUCUUGACAGUAUAUGAACUUGCAGUGCCCUGUAUCACACUGGAUUGGUGAAAUCUGCUGCCCUGUACAAUUAUUGCUGAGUGUUGAUUAAAAGCACAACUUUCCUUCUGGCUUGCUUCAGGGCUAAUACCCUUAUAAAUUGUUGCUAUGAACUUUUGAACUCAGAAACUUCUGAAUAUAUGUAAUAAGUAACAUAAUCUAAGGCUGAAAAUUUGCGACUUCCCUGAAACAAAUUUUUAAAAAAUUUAAUUCUUGGUUUUUUAAUGAUUUCUCAUCAUUUAACAUUUCAAAAUUAUCUGAAACCUUUAAAUACUUCCUAUAAAGUCCUUAAUUCCUCAAUUACAACUGUCUAAAUAAAAAUCAUAACGUAGAUAGCAGAUUAUCUUCAGAUAAAAUGUUUUUUAAAAACAGUAAUACAUCAUUUUAAGACAGAAAAAUGAUUUUAAGCCACACUAAUUUAUGAAUCAUUUUAUGAAGUAGAUGUAGAAAUGUAUUGGUUUGAGCUACUAAAGAAUGUCAAGAUGUUCGGUGUUUUUCAAGUAGGUUUCAUAUCUAAUGUCUUGCUUCCCUGAAACAUGAGAUUUUUAGCCCUGCAAUAAAACAUAAUUUAUAGAUCCAUUAUGACUUUCUCCAGAAAACUUAAUAAAUUAGUGAAUACUUUUAUUUAAUAAGACAUUAUGAGAGAACUAUAAUAACCAUUAGUGGAAAGUCUUGUUUUAUUUUUAACUGACAAAGGUAAGGUGUAGUGUGUCUUUAAAAGCUAAAUGAUAACAGUGCAAGAAUCUGUAGGAUUGAGGGCAUUUUGUUCUAUAAUGUGGGUUACCAGUCACAAACAAUACUGACUUCAGCUACCCAAAAGGAGGGUCUCAUGCAAGAUUCACGCGUUCAGGGUAUGUGACUGCUGGGUUUUAAGACUACACAGUCAGAGUGGGUUAUUUGCACUUUCAUGAAGAAGCAGGCAAACCUGGUCAUAGGAGGACCUGAAGCUUUUAAGCAUUUCACAUGUCCAUAGCUGCAUCAGUUAAAAUGAAUGUAUAGAACCACGUUAUACCUGGGGAUCUUUGUUUAUCCUGACAGGUGACAACCUGCCUGGGAAACCAUUUCAUGCUUUCUUAUGGAGGGAAGCUGGGGAUGCGUAGAGCUGAAUAGGAGCUGAUUCGAACCAACUGGUUCCCACCACUUCUGCAGUCUGGGACCACAUGUACUGUACUUUCUGCCUCAGGUGUUAGAGUCUUCGGGUGAUGUGCAUUGUGAUCUUUGCCCUACUGGUUGCUUGGUCUGUGAAUAAAUGGGUAUUGUUUAAUUUAUGUAUCCAUUUUCUUAGGUCUAAAAUGAGCAUUAAUUGUACCAACUUUGCAGAGUUAUAAGUUUUAGAAGUUGGGUGUACAAACUAGUUGGCCCAUGGAAAUUGCUCAAAAAGCAGUAACGUCUCUUUAGCUUUAUGAUAUUUAUUGGCUGGGACUCAACUUGGAAAAUAGUUGAACUUUGAUUUUCUGGACUACAUUCAGUUAGCAUUUAAGUUUUCCUUUAUAAUGUCUCUAAAUAUACUCCAUGAAAAAAAAGUAUGAUUACAUGUACCAGAAGUCCUCAUUAUCUAUGAAUACUGGGAGAAGAAAAAAGACCACUCAGCAAAUGAAGCUAGUAAAACUUGAAUCAUAUUUUCAUAAAUAUUUUUUAAAAACAAAAUUACAAAUAAAUCACACAAUUGGAAUUUGUCUUGAAAAACUAACCUGAAAUUAUGAAAAUAAGUUCAGUAAUACCUAUGCUUAAAACAUUUAAGUUAUACCUUUGGAAUGAAUUGGCAAACAAUUCUUUCACAAAACUAUACCAUCAUAUUUCCAUGAUGUGUUUGACUUUGUUUGGUUUUUGACUUUGCAGUACAUGAGUCAAUUUUCAAAAAAUGUUCUUGGGCUUGAACAAUUAUCCAGUCCUCUAUUUUUCCUUUUGAUGGUCAAAUUAUCUUUAUUCAUGUCUUUCUGAAAUUGUUACAAUGUUUCUAGUGAUCUGAUAUGUUUUUCAGUUUUUCAUUGUCACUUUCUCUGACUUCAUCAAUCUAUGUCUUUGCAUACUUUUCAGUCCCACUUCAAAUCUACUUGUAUUUUAUUUGUAUUGCACUGAAGAGGGUUUGAAAUCUUCCACACUGGUAAAAUUCUAAAAAUGUUAAUUUAAUGGAUACAUAGCAAUGCUGCUAUAAGUGGGAACAGGGGUGUCUUUUUAAAAACAAACAGUUCAUGAAUAUUUUUAUGUUAUGAUGACUUCUAUAUCCCUGUGCAACCUUAAAACUGUGGGAAAUUGGAUAACCAGAACUCCCUGUGUAGAAUUACUGUCAUUCCCUCUGUAGCACGCCGUCCUGUCGUAAAGGUCCCCAGCAUGAUCCUCUGCAGCAUGUUUAUCCAUUCUGACCCCUGGGCUUUCCAGAACAGCUUCUCUGUCACCAUCAUUUUCACCCUCUGCUUCCAUACCGCCAGGUCCUGGUGACAGCCCAAAUGAAGAAAAGGCAGGAGGAAAUCAUCCGCACUCUUUAUCGGCAUGAUCAACUUUUAACUAUCUAUAAAACUGAUUAAAUAAAUUUGUAGAAAAACAUUUGUUUAGAAAAAGUGGCUAAUGAUAACAACUACAAAAGAAUGUAGUAACUAAGUAACUUGCUACUGCGGAAUGGGUUCCAGUGGACAAUAAAAGAGGGAAAAAUAUAUGAAAGUGUUUGAAAUUCCAGCUGCAGGGUCCUGAAUUUCUAAUCAUCACUGACCUGAAUAUACUCAGUGAUUUUGAUUAUCUGAUUAGAGUAGAUUAUCUGAUUAUAAUCAAAAGAGAAUAAUGAAAACAGUAACAGCAUCUGGUGAGCACUUUGUUUCAGCCACUAUUCUGAAGACUUUGACUGUAUGUCUCACAUAUCUUUCUGGCACCUCAAAGUGCCUGUCGUAUAGGGAGGACACUGAGUCUCUGUCACGUAAAUGCAUGUGGAGUGGAGGUAAUACAGGAAAAGUCUGACAAGACGUUGAGAGGUCAUGGAUGUUGUGCCCACUGACGUACCAAGACCUGGAACUACAAAGAUGGUCAUUAUGACUCACGUGGAGUGCACUGGAGAUCCAUGAAUCUGUUUUCUGACCCCCAAGAAUGGAGCAAAUGGAAAUGAUGGUGAAGAGCCACAUCUUUCCUCUGUUGAGCUCAGAACUAUCAAGAGAACCACAGUACUGACUUGAAGAGAAUUUUAGUGGAUUAAAAGGGAAAAUUAGAGGCUUAUCAGUGUCAGUGUAUGCAAUGUUUAAAGUUACAGAACUCCUCAGAAUGUGUACUGGUUACCAGGUUCUGAAUCAGAUUAACUGGGGAGGAGCGAACUGGGGACUGUCUGCAUUAUACUAGCAACAAAGAACAGAAUGUGCCAAAAACUUAGUUGGGGUUUGAUGAAGUGAAUCAGAGGAUCCAGUGAGGUUGAACUCAGCAUGAACCACAUUAAGUGCCCUUGGCAAUGUCCUCUUUUAGAAUGAUAUCAGGAUAACACACACACACAUUAAUACAGCAACAUGUGACCCAGCUUGCUUCACUUUGAGGAAUGAAGUUUUAGAAAAAUUCUGUAAGGUCUCUGCAACCAUACCACCCUGAAUGAACCUACUCUUGUCUGAAAAGUUUGGUAAGAGUUGGAGUCCCAGACAAAAGAUAUGGUCAGGGGUGAAGGCGUCUAUGUUGGAAACAGUAAAUUGAGCUUCCAGGUACCAUGAUCCCUUGCUUUUUUCUCUGACUUGGUUGUGCUUACUGCUGGUAAUUCAAGUAUAGUUACAUACACAUGUUACCCUGCCUUUCUUAUACUCGCACUGCUCCUGGGAAGGAAGUUGGUCUGGACGUGGCAGAGCUCCUUCUCCUGAAGGCUGUGUGUAUGGUGGUCAGGCAUGAGAUAGGCUACCUUUGUCAUCCCUCACCUGGGAAUGUUACACCUAGCCUAGUUAAAUUAUUGUUUGUGAAUGUCAUAGUAGAAGGCACAGUUAGCCAUAACUUGAGAUCAAGUUUUUUUUUAGUGUCAGAUUUUUUUCAUUAAUUUUAUUUCACUUGAUUUUUUUUUUGUUUCUUCUCUGGUCUUACUCAGGAAGCUCCAGAGGGCUGAGAACCUUUCCAUCCCCCUGGAACUUCGACACAACCUCAACAGGCAUCUGACAGGUUUGAGGUUGGAGCACCUUUCCACCACUCUCCAGGAAAGGUCACUGCCCCUGCACGUGUUUGCUGCUAAUGUGCACAGCCUGGGCCCCUGCAUAACUGUGCACUAACACCUCCUAGUAGAGGCUUCAGAGAGGGAGAACGGCCCUCAUGCCCCAAGGUGACCAACUCUUACUUUACUUUCAAUAAAUUUUAAAAGCAUAGUAGGCAGAAUAACACAGAAGAGCUAAGUCUUUUACCCAGCUUAUGCUGUUAGAAAGCUGUGCGGCUUUAAGCUAGUCAUAGGACUUUCCAUAUCUUUUUUUUAUCAUUUGUAAGCUGAUACAAAUGUACUAGACAAUCUAUAAUUUUGCAAAUAGUAGUGCUCAGUAGCUUUUCCAAAUGCAAGGAAACACAGGAGAAUAGUCAUAAAAGACACAUACAAAGCAUUUGAGUAAGUCUAGAGUUUGAACAUGAAUCUCAAAAGACUGUAUUGUUUGAAUCGGUGGUUUUUCUUUCCUUUGGCAUCCUGGCUACUCUGUUGCCCUCCUCUAGUCCUUGAACUGUCUCAUUUGGUUUAUAUACUGUUGUAAAAUACUGUCUUCUUUCCUUCCUCAGUUCUGUCUAGACUCUUUAGAACCAUGAGCAGCUAAAUAUUUUAGAAUGAUAGCCAAUUUGCUGAUACAUGAUAUCCCCCAUAAUGUCCUACAUUCAUUUUAAAUUAUUAAGCUAUUAUUUAUUUGCUACUUAAUGUUGUACAGGGCUAAGGAUUUAGCUCAGUGGCAUAAGCACCUGCGUGACAAGCACAAGGUUGUGAGUUUGAUCCCUGGUACAAAAAAAAUUUUUUUUUGCACAAAUGAAGUGACAGGUACAAAAAAGAAAGUGAGGCUUGUCUUCAUAGGAUAUAGUGGAAAUAGAAACCAAAGGCUGCUAUCAGACCUGGAGAAGCUUGGUGUGACUUUUCACAACUGCUUGUCAAGAAACAGAACUUACACUCAAAGACAGUGCAUUUAGAAUUCUAGGAUUUGGCAAAGAGCCUGUGUAGCACCUUCGCCUUGCAAGCAGAAGUGACUUUGUUGCUUGUGUUUAUGAUUUUAAGAGAAACUCUCUCACAAAAACCUGACAGCUAUGCAGCACUACAACCUUGAAACUGGGUUCAGAGUUUCAUUUGAGCACCAUUAGCAUCCUGUCCUGUGUGUGUAAGUAUAAAAACACACAUGUAUAAAUAUACAUGUAUAUAAAAGUAUAUGUUUCAUUGUCUUUGAGAAACUCCUUGGAAACCCGAGACACAAAGCAGACCAGAGAGACCGGUCAGGUCUUCUGCAGUCAGUACAUAGUUUAACUCAGGCCUUCCAGGCUCAAGUUCCUCUAGUCAUCUUUACCAGAUUUUGUCAUCCUGAGAGAUCAUUAUGAGGAAUGUCAGAUGUGUAGGCACCGCCUCAUCCUCUUUUCUUAUGAUUCACGAGACCUUUCAGCCUUCAGCCGUCUGGGGGCCUCUUCUGCAGCACCUGCAGUCUCCAAGGUAGCAAAUGGUUGCUGUGCACCAUAGGAUUCACCUGCUUGUGGCAGAGUACUUCUACUCCCAGCUCUCAUGUUUUGAUCUGAGGCUGCCCGGAGUCUGCCCACAAAAUCUCCUUCACUAGGACUCUUCUUUUCCACACACAACAAGGAAAAGCACUUCUGAAGUCCUGAUAUGUACAGACUUUUUCAUCAUGACUUAAUUCUCAAAUUCUUUUCUCUCUCUCUGCCACCAGUUUCCUCCAGUUAUGGAGUCCACUGUGUCUAUAAGUCACGGAUCUCUUUCUUCAUCCACUCAAGGCCUUGCCAGCCCACUGCUUUUGGAGUCACACAAAUUUGAUAGGACUCUUAACUCAGUCCCAAACCAACCGGAACUGAUUGAGUUAUUCAGCCUUAUUAAACCUUAAUAAUGCCUCACAGGGUUAUUGUAAGGCAUCAGGAAGUGAAGGAUGAAGCUCAGUACCAAGCUUAAUAAAUCUUAGUUCCUUUCUCCCACCUGGGGCUCUUGUCUACAUCUCCAAGGGCUUAGCACAGUCAUAUAAUUAGCAACAUUAGUAUAUCUAGAAGGCAGUUAUCAUUUAAUUGCUGUGGCUCUUGCCACCCUGGAGUUCUUCAUUCACUUCUAGUUUGGUACGAGGGGCUUUUAGUUCUACCCUGGCUGACCACAAAAUCACCAUCUCAGGGAGGAUUGAAAAUAACUUUAGGCAAUCAUUGAUUAUAAAGUCAAGGGUUUGAUUAUCUCUUCCAUUUGGGUCUAUAUAAAAAUGCAAAUAUUAAUUUUCUCCAAUGAACAAAUCAGUUUCCAGCAGUGUUUUUCUGUGAGUCAGCAAAUUACCUUACUUGGAUAGAUCAGUUCUUUUCUCAAGAAGCAAGCUCUCCCUCCAUGCUUGGUUCUGAUCUUCAUUACAAUAAAUCAGUGUCCUCCUAUAGAUUUGAUUUGGAAUCGAGUUUCAGGAAUCUCUUCUUAAAAGACAUUUGUUUAUAUUACAUAUUCAAUUUGAAGGAGUAAAUGCCUUCCUUCAGCCUGUGAAGUUUAUCUUAGUGCUACUGUGAGAACAUAGUGCCCAAAUGAAGGUGGUGUGUUUUUUGUCUCCUCUCAAUCAUCACAUAAAGUCACAGCAGUCUUUAAUCAAGAUGAGUCGAAGUUACUUUGAAAUUUGAUUUGAAAUCUUUAAUAUUAGAACUGUAUAUAUGCAUUUGAGGAGAUCUAGAUUGCCCUAAGCAAACGGAAAGCCUUUAUGUCUAAGCCACUUUGCAUGGAUUGCAAGUUCAUGUAAAUUCUAAAUAACUUUUAGCAGUUUGAGAUUUGGAAAGUAGCCUGGGCUAUAUAAAUUCUCCUUUAGUUCUCUUGCUGUUAAAUUUUAUGCCAAAGUAAAUGAGGCUAUUGGGAACCUUUGAACUCCUCAGUUCUCAAGUGACCUCAGCCAGGUUGGAUUGGCAGAGCCAGGGUUUGGUUUUCAAGGGAGGAUUUUUCCAUUACCCCUUGAAGUGUCAUGCUUACCUUCCAUGGUGGAAGAUGCCGCUUUACUCCCUGGACCUACUUGGCUCCAGGUGGUGUCUGUGUCUCUGAGAAGCAGGAUUCCUGCUGUCAGGAGCAACAGUGCAGCUGUGGAGAUCGCCAGGGCUGGCAUCGGGUUGCUCAGUCAGCCUUGCUUCUCUCCUUCCAUUUCUCUCCCAGAAUCAGCAUUGAAAGCCAGUGACUGGUGCUUCAUGCCACAGCUUGCUGGAGGCCAGGGCAGCAAGUGUUUUACCUUUUCUUGGCUUCAGAUUUGUGUUUCUAAAGUGGUGAUUAAAUUAAUACCACCCUCAUGGAUCCCUUUCUUCCUACACAUUUCGUUCUUGCCCUCUCAACCAUGUGGCUUAUCACUUUUUUAUGAAAAUUUUUUUAACGUAAAAAUCCUCUGUUUUACACAGUUACAGGAUAUGAAUAUGAUAUAUAUAAUAUGUGUGAUAUACCACAUGUUCUUUUUACUUGACUGUGACCUCUGUAAGUUGGGAACAAUGAUUUACAUUCCGUGUGUCACAUUAAAAUUGAGGCCAUCCUGGGGACAUAGUAAAUUCUUAGGAAACAGUUCUUUAUCCUUCUGUGUUGUAUUUAACAAAAGAAAGUCUUUAGCAGUCACGCAAAUGUUCACAAAACUUAAUUGCAUUCCCCUGAUACUUUAAUACAUGCAGUUUCACUAGUGUAAAAAUAACCCGAAGGGAAAAAGGUGAUGCAGAAAUCUAGCACUUUGGCAAUAAUAUAAAACCAUGUGAUAUACUUGAUAAUUCUUUGAAAAUUAAAUGUUAAUAUAAGCUUUUUUGGGUUUUGCAGACCAUUUUCUUGUUGUUGGUGGUGCUGUUUUGAGAAUGAGUCUUUCUAUGUAGUGCAGGCUGUCCGUGAACUCACCACGUAGCCCAGGCUGUUCUCGAACUCAUGGCAGAACUCACAGCAGUCCUCUUGCCUCAGCAUUUCCAGUGCUAGGAUUACAGGUGUGUGCCCCUAUGACCAGAAAAACAUGUCUUUACAGUUAGCCCUCAUCUAAAAAUUCAAUGUUGUUUUCCAUAAUUGUUGCUACUUGAGCAUAUUGAAGAAAUAGCACCACGUAGAUGGUUUCCUCAUUAUCCAAAAAUUAAAUCUUAAAUUCAGGUAGCUGUUACAGUUUUGAUAUGGUUUGAUUAUGUGCACAAGUGUUCAAUAUUGGAAGCUUACUCCACACUAUGGUGCUGGGAUGCAGGAGAACCAUUGAGAAAUGGAGGAGGAGGCAGUGGGGGAGAGCUGUCCUAGAAGGAAGUAAUGUAACUGUACAUCCCUGGUUAGUGCUCUUGAAAAUGUUAGUAGGACAUUGUCAUAAAGACUUGUCCUUCCUCAUGGUUUCUCUUUGGCCACCUGUCUCACUGUGUGGUGUCUUCCUUUUAGUAGGCACUCGUGCCAUUGUGAUGCCAUCUUUCAUGCGGUCUUUACCAGAGCUCAGAAGUUGAUGGCACCAUGCCUUUGAGCCUCCAAAAAUGUCUUUCUAUUAAAAAGUACCUAGUCUCACGUAUUUUGUUGUAACAAUGGAAAACAAUCUACUAUAGAAAAUUGGUAUCUCCAAAGGGUGUCAUUGUUGUAAAUGUAUUUGAGUAUGAGGAAGUGGCUUCAAAAGUAAGAGGCAGAGGUUGGAAAAAUUUAGAAAAGUGGGCUAGAAAAAAAUCCUAGACUUUCAUGUGUGAAGUGAGAGGGCUGAGAAGGCAAAUGACUGGAAAUUAGUAUCAGAUGGAAAUGGUGAUUCUGUUGGAUAUUGGAGUAAAGGUCAUGCUUGUGAUGUGAUUGAAAGAACUGGUGGUAUCUAGGACCUAGAGUGCUGGUGGCAAGCAUAGGGCACACAUGGCUGCAGCAGGCUGUUGGUUAUCAUUGACAGCUCUAAAAGAUUUUCCAUCAUUGACCUAGAGCUUUAUAGAAGGUCAGAUUUAAGACAAUGAUCCAGGAUAUUUAAUGGAAGAAAUUUCUGAACAGUAAAAUAUUCACCGUAUGGCAUGGUAUUAUUGGCUUUUUUAAUCAGAUGUACAGUGAGGUUUGAGCGCAAAAGGAAAAUUCACAGUCUGGCCAGGGAAAGAGAGAAAACAUUUAGGAGAACAAAACAAGGUUCCAGCCAGCUGAAGAGAUUGGCAUGGAAAAAGGGGAGCCAUGUACUAAAUUGUAAGAUAACUUUCAGGGCACUUGGGAAAGCUUUGAGGCCGUUUCGCAUCAUCAUUGGUAGCCUAAGACAUGAAGAUUCCGGGAUCUAUGACGUGCUCUCCAUGGGCUUAUUGCCCAGGAUGCUCCAUGGGGUCCUGUUCUUCACCUUCUAGUGAAACAGUCUGGCUGCAGCCAUGGUUCAGAUGCACUCAAGCACAGCUCAGGCUUGCAGAACACUUUGGUGUGCUCAUGUGGUACUGGUUUUACAAGCACACAGAACGCAAGAGUUACAGAGUCAUGGCAGCAUCCAAUUCAAAGGAAAGGCUGGAAAGCUAAGUAGAGGUCUCCUGCAAAGGUGGACCCAGAGAGAUUCUCCACUGGAAAAAUGCCUAGGGGAGCUGUGGGAAUGGAGCCACAGCUGGGAUGUCAGAAAGGUAAUACAACCAGUUGUGUGUAAAGCCAUCCUAGGAAAACUGCAGGCUUCAGUUUGCAUCCCAAGAGAGCAACCAACUAGGCUGUGACCAGCAAAGCUGUGGGGGAAAAGGCCUCUGAGACCCUGGGGUACACCCUGUGCAGUGUUUACAAAGUAUCAAACUUGGAUCAUCGAGAUUUAAUAUCUAUCCUGCUGGAUUUUGUCCUUGCAGAAGACCUGUGACCCCUUUCUUUAGACAUGUGUCUAGGAGUGUUUACUUUAUGCCUGUCUGGCCAUUGUAUCUUAGAAGUAUGUAACUUGUUUUUGAUUUUACAGGCUCACACCUGGAAGUAAAUUUCGGUGAGUGUUACAUGAGUCUUCUGACUUGGACUUUUGAGUGAUGCUAGAAUGAAUUAACAUUCUGGAACUACUAGAGGUGGAAAAGUCAUUUUACCUUCGGAGGUGGACAUAAACCUUGAAUGCCAGGAGUAGAAUCCUAUGGUUUGGAUGUAGGCUGAACACAUCUCCCAACGGUUCAUGUAUUUAGAAUAGUUCCUUACCAUAGCCACCAUGUCCUGUUUGGUGCUGUCAUCCUGUCCACCACAUAACAGGGCCAGGCAACCCUCAGAAAAGGCCAAACAAAUGGUGAAACCUGACUAUAGAUUUUUAAACCUCCAAAACUGUGAGCUAAAUUAAUUCAGUUUAUUUAUACAUUAACCAGUAUCUGGUGUUUUCAUUAUAGCACUGGAAAUGGGCUGAUUUAGUGGGCUUAAUGUUGCCUGUCACUUAAGGUGUUCACUGCUCUGUAAGUUUACCCUAAGAAGUUGUUGUUCCUUUGCCUAAAUGCUGCCAAUACAGAGGCCUUAUCACUGCCAGAGGCAGCCUUUUCCCAUGUCAGGUAAGGCACCCCAAUUGGAUGGUUAGAGGACUCACAUGAGGUACAGAAGUAAACACCCUAUUUAUUGAAAGAAAAUACAAAAGAGUAUUUGCCAUUUAAAAAUCUGCAUGACUUGUAUUCAGCAAAUCCCUACUUUACAAACAAGAUCCAUUCCUAAAUUGCAUUUGUUUAGAAAACAACAAAAUGAGUCUUAUGCAGUACACCUGUGAAAGUUCGCAACUUGACUGUUCAUAAGCAAGAGAUUUUCUGUGUUACAAACUCAAGGAAACUCUUCUCAAAACAAGCUUAUUUAUAGACUAGUUGUGAAUCAUCAAGGGAGAUGUAGUGACCCAAAAACAAAGAUACGAGAACCAGUCACGCAUAGUUUUGAUUCUUAGGUUACUCUCUGGUCUUCCAAUCACACUCAAUUUGGGAGCAAAAUUCCAACACAACAUCUCGCUCAAGUUGGUGUUAAAUAAAUCAUGGCCAGUAUAAGCUUUAUUCUUGUGUUAUUACUCAUCAUUAUUAUCAUUAGAAAUAGGUGCCUGCUUGACUAUAAUAAUUGACACUGACUGGAUAUUUCUAAGUAAAGACAAAUGCAGGUGCAUUUGGGACUCACAUUUAACCACCUGCUCACAUGCAUAAACCUCUUAUUAAACACAUACUAAAAGUGUUAGCACUUGUCAAAUACUGACCUUAUUGUGUAGAUAAAAUAUCAGCUAAUUUCUUAACAUUCUAAUCUGUAUUUUUUAGUUAGGCCAGUGUGCUUAAAACACUUCUUUCUAAAAAGCUGUGAUUUGGAGUAUUUUCCAGCUCUCAUGGUUUAAAUACUUCAGGAAUGGCUGAUCGCAAGCUCUCAACACAGUCACUGAACCCAGUUAGGAAGCGAUUAUGGCAGCUGCUCAGGUCAGUGCAGGUAAACUCCCUCAACACUGUUGGGUCAGCUUUUCAUGUUGUGAAAGGAGGAUCACAGGCAAAUGCAGUAGUGGGAAAGUAGUGCUCCCCAAAGAUGAUGUUACCGGGUGAUAUCAUAGCCAACUGUGAUGUUCACAGAAUAACAAAAUCACGUAGCCAGGGGCUUCUCAGAACACGCCCAUUGUUAACAUAUGACUGUGCUUUGUCAUCAGGAUAUACUAAGAAAACAGGAUUUGCCUAGAAAGUGAGUAAAUGCCACAUUACCUGAGCAGUACAGUUCAGUGCUGUGUCUCUGCCCUUUCUCUGUACUCUCUAACCUUACUUAAGAAGGAAAUCUUUUUCCCAGCUUCUUAUGUUCUAGGAAGUCUCUAAUCACACCCCAGUUAUUAAAUGUUUCUUUCACCAACAACUUAGGCAUCAGCUCAUGGACAUAUUGCACGUAUUUGUAGAUGGGUCUUCGUUCCCUUUUUCCCAUCUCCUCCUCCCUUCCAUUAUGCUCCUCCUCCAUUUUUUCCUUCCCCACUCUAUUCCCUUCCCUACUUUAUUCACAAGUAUUUUUUUUACCUUUUGUGUUUCUAACAUUUCCAUGAGUUCUUCAGAACAAGUAGUAGUAUUCUUGCUUUACAAAAAUGAUAGGAAAACUAGAAAAUUACUGUACCUGUCAUAUUAUUUUUUAUUCUUAAUUUGAUUUUUUAAAUUUUGAAAUCGUAACUGUUACUCAGAGAGCCCCUUACUUCCUUAACAUUUUUUUUCCAUAAUCUGAGUGUUGUGUGUUCAAUCUCUAUUGAUUUAAUUUUAUUCUCCCCCACCCUACCCCAACAGUGGUUGAAGACUAUCAUAUUGCACCUAGGAAAUUGUAUUACAGUACUAUAAAUACAUUUCUGAGAACUUGUAAUUAAGUGAUGAUACCUAGAACUUUCUGAUCAUUGUUAAGUCCCUUGAGAUGAUAAAAAAAAUUCUCUUGGGAAGCAGUUCUAUUUUCAAUAGCUCUACACUGUAGCAAGCAGAAUUUUGUUACAGAGCAUCUUUGAACUCUGGAGGAUGAUACCAGUUGAUGCUUUUUUCAAUGUGUUAGAUUAAAACAAAAAACAGGUAUUUUUCACUAAACACUUUUAAAUUUUUCUGAAGACCUCAUGAUUUAAACUGUAGAGGAGAAGAUAUUUGAGACACUGAUUGGUAUUUGCCAUGAAGCUCUCGGAAGACCUGCUUGAGAUCAUCUCUUGUGCCAUCCUAAUCUUUGUGAGCUUUGUAGGAAAUGUAUGUUUAUUUUAUUCUACAAGGAAGUGCAUCGCUGGACGCUUACAGACAUCAUUUCUUCUGAUUUUCAGCCUUGUGUUCGUCCACCUUAUUAAGAACUUUGUGGUAAAUGUCAUGAAAAUUGUUUAUUCUUCUGGUAUCACGUUGGAUUCAGCCGGUUGCAAAGUUCUGCACUUCACAGCAGCCCUGACAACGUCACUGGCCAUCUGGUUCACGUUGCACUUAGCACUGUUCUACCACCUGAAACUUUACCAAGUUGUCUACCCCUCGGAUAAUGCUGCAAGCCUAGACCAACAGAAACAUUCUUUGAAGGGGAUUUCUGCUCUUUGGGUGGCUGCCGUGGCUGUGUACGUACCAGUUUUAAUUUAUACUACAAAACCAGAAUACCUGAAAGCAGGAAAUGAUACAGAUGCCUUGUCUACGAAGAGAAUUUACAAAGAUUGCUUAAUUAUCUUCAGAAACAAGCAGGUAGAGUUUUACUAUGGGAAAAUCUUUUUAAUGCUGAUUGAUAUUCUUCCCUUAGCCAUCUUAGUCUUUGUCUGUUUCUGGAUGUCUUCCCUUCUUUCAGCAAAAAAGAAGAUGACAUAUGGUGACAUCUGGAUUGGAGAUGAUGAUUCAGAAAUUGAAGUCCUGAGAGGGGCCAAGUGCAGCAUAGUAUUAACGCUGCUGAUCACUCUGCUCUGGGUGUCCCACUCUGUCUUGGUCUAUUUCUGGAGCAGCGUGGCAGCCUGUGUCUUCCUCCCCGCUGUCCUCACAGCACUGUCCUCCGGCUUCUCUGCUCUCAGCCCUUUCCUGCUGAUGCUGGUUAAUUACAGAGUGAAGUUGGUAUCACUUUGUGGUGCCAAAGAGGAAAACUCCAUACCACAGGCGACAAAUACUAUUUUUUCUCCAUAUGCUUAAUGACCAUGAACUUGAUUUAAAUCUCUGAAAAACAGAGCAGGGAGUUGGAGGACACACAUAAAGGCUUCAUAGCCCUCAUCCACAGAAUUCCUGAAAGGACUGCUAAAAGAUUGACUGCUCUCUAAAGCAGACUUCUGUGGGAAACUAAGAAGACAGGAGAACACCAGGUUACUGUAAACUGACGAAAAAGUCAUCACAAAGUUUGUAAUUUAAGAUAAAAAACUGCUGGCCAGGAACUUAGCUCAGCGGCAUGUGCGCCUGCCUUGCAAACAUGUGGUCGUGAGUUUGAUCCCCGGUACAAAAAAAAAAGAUAAUGCUAAGAUUUUUAAUGUAAAAUUUUUAAAGUCACUCAACAAUAAUCACCAUCUGGAAAUAAGCACAGCAUAAACACUGUAUUAAGUAUUUGCUCUGAGUAAUGUAUUUUGUAAGAAACAACAUGUUGUUGAAACUGAGGACAAUACUUCCUAGGUAGAUUCCGAGAGACACUCUUGAGUAAUCUCAUGUUCUCAUCUGAUGCUUUCCUUGAAAUGCCUCCACACAUGCUGGAAGUGCACUAGGCAGGGGUGCAGCUUUCACUUUCUGCACUUUUACUCCUAGCUCCUCGUGUACACUACAAGCACAUUUUGUUCAUUGUCCUUACCUUAAGUGUCUUUAGUUAAUUAGGGCUACAUAAAAGCAUUAAAGAAUUACUACUUGCUAAGUCUUAUUCUGUAUAGAUAUGGAAAAUACUUGGUUGCUACAGACAUGUAGUGUGUUAUUCUUACUUAAUCUUCAAAAUAUAUAUCACGUAAUUUCCUCAGGAAAAGACAUUUAUCUUAAUAACAGUUUAUUUGAUUAUUAAAUUGGUAUGUUUGCACAUAAAUCCUAAUAAUUUGGUUUCUAGACUUGGAUUCAAUAAAAAUAAGCAUAUUAUACUUCUAAUUAAAAA